AGCGUGGCCGAGGGCGCCCGACGCCGCCUCAGUUCAACGCCGGCUGCCGACAGGAAUUUCCUAAAAGCAUCGCAAACCGCGCAAUUUUCGAACGCUCACGACUUGGUAAGAGCACACCAUAAACGGCAAUCGGAACUUCGAAAACAUCCAAACUAGGAUACUAAAAAAACGGUGAAAAAUCUAGUGAAUUCCUAAAAAACGUGGUUCAGUGAAAAGUGUGUGGUGUACCAAAAGCGUUUUCGGAACUUACGCGAUGCUCAUGGCUGCGUGACACCGGGUUGACACGCUUCAACUCGCGAGAUGUCCCAGCCGCCGGGGCGCGGGCGCGCGCGCUACCCGGGCCCGCCAUCCCCGCUACACUACCGCCCCCCGUCCCCCUGGGCGCCAAGCCCGCCCCCGCUUAUCUCCGGGCCUAGACACCCGAACGCCAUCAUGUCCCCACCGCCCAUGCACCCGUCCCCGAGGCCGUUCCGUCCUUUACACUCGCCCGGCUUCCGGCCGCACUCUCCCACCCCGAGUUCUCACUUCUCGAUAUCCCCGUACCCCAUGUCCCCGACGCUGGGGCAGUCCCCGGAGUACUACUACUCGUCCCCAUACGAGGGCGUGCGGGAGUACGACUACGCCGGCGUGCCGCUGGAGCCACCGCCGCCGCCGCGCCCGCCGCUCUGCGAGGAGGAGGAGGAGCGCGGGCCCUCCACCGCUGAGAUCAUCGCCAACCAGUCGCAGGAGGGAUAUGUUGAUGAGAAGCUGGCGGAGUAUCAGCUCACGAUACAACUGUUGCAAGAUGAACAGGAAAGGGUGCAAAAGAAAACAUUCGUUAACUGGAUCAAUUCACAUUUAUCGAAACGGGUGCCGCCGCUCCGCAUCGACGACCUGAUCCACGACCUUCGCGACGGCACGCGGCUGCUGGCGCUGCUGGAAGUGCUGUCGGGGGAGAAGCUGCCAAUGGAGCGCGGGCGUGUCCUCCGCCGCCCGCACUUCUUAUCCAAUGCGAACACGGCGCUCCGCUUCCUGGCGGGCAAACGGAUCAAGCUGGUGAACAUCAACGCCGCCGACCUGGUGGACGGCAGGCCGGCCGUCGUGCUCGGCCUCAUCUGGACCAUCAUACUGUACUUCCAGAUAGAAGAGAACAGCCGAGCUCUCGAGUACCUGGUCGGGUCUCGCUGCGCGUCCGUGAUGUCCCAGGAGUCGGGCACCGCUACACCGCGCGCCGAGGAGCGCUGGAAGCAGGGCGCCAAGAAGACGCUGCUGCAGUGGGUCGCCAACGCGCUGCCCAAGGACUCCAACAUCCAAGUGACAGACUUCGGCCCGUCCUGGCGCGACGGCAUAGCCUUCCUCGCCAUCAUAGACGCCAUCAAAGCGAACCUCAUCAACUUGGCCGAGAUGAAACGCAAAACUAACCGGCAGCGGCUGGAACAUGCGUUCGACGUGGCUGAGAGCCAGCUCGGUAUAGCCAGGCUGUUGGAUGCUGAGGAUGUGGAUGUGGAGAAGCCUGAUGAGAGGUCCAUUAUGACUUAUGUGGCGCAGUUCUUGCACAAGUAUCCGGAGCCUAAGACGACGGGCCCCGACGCCGUGGCCGCCGUCCAACAGGAGUACGAGUCCCUCCGCCAGUGGCUCGCGGACAGAGUGAACCUCACGCAGCGCCAGUACGACUCCCGCACGCUCAGCCGACACUACGACGACUACGUCAGGGCAGAGAACGAACGCCUCUCCAAAGAACCAGUCUACAUGAAGCUGGAGAAACUCAUGUACACACAAAGCUUAGUCGCCAUAGCUCCCAAGUCUUGGAGAGAACUUGUGGACCUAUGGAUCGAGUUAGAGAGGCUGCAUCGCCGGUGGCUCUGGCUGUUAGACUCAGAGCUGCCCGGUGAUUUCAGACAUAUAGGAGAAUGGCUAGCCCGCGCAGAGUAUCUAUUGUAUUUCGAUGAGAUACCAACGAAUUUGGACGAACAGACCGCUGCAGUAAUCAGCGAAAAGCUCGAAGAGCAUAGCGAGUUCUUCGCCAGUCUUCCUGAAGUUAUUGAGAGGUUCGAACAGGCUCUGCGCUCGCAGGAUGCCAGUAGGAUACCUGGGGAGAGACUGCAAGACAUGCAGCAGAGGUUGCAAGCAGUCAACGUGAAAGCCCCACAGAGGAAGGCGCGGCUAAAGUUCCUAGAACACAAAUGCUGCAUCGUCGCCUUCACCGAACUAACGAAAGCUAAACUCGCCGCCUGGACCGGCAAAUACGGUAGAAUAGACCACGUCCGUGCCUUACUAGAUGACUACGACAAUUUUGUAACGAAAAACAAGAUCUUCCAAGAGUUCGAUCGCGCCUACGUCGACAUAAAACAAGUGGCCGACGAAUACAAGCGCGUUUGCGAAGUAGAUAGGUCAGAGGGUCGAGAAAUCGACUCAUUCCUCAAAGAAGUAUCAGAAAACUGGAGACGUGUAUCAUCAGACGUGCGUUGCGCUCGAAGCGUGCUCGAAGAGGUCAUUUCCCACUGGGAGCGUUGGACGUCCUUAUCCAGCGAGUUCACAGAAUGGUUAGACCGGGCUCAGACCAUGCUUAGGGUAUCUGAAGAGGAGCGUUUAGAGUUCUUCCAAGAUGUGACGGUGUGGAAGACCCGUCAUGGCGCGCUGGGGGACACGGCCGGGUUCCUGGCAGCUACGUGUGCGGAGGAGCACGCGAGUGAGGUGCGCAGGAAGUACGCCGAGAUCACCGAGCGCUGGGACCGAGUGUGGGAGGAGGCGGAACGCUACUCCCGAGGCGGCGACGCCCUCCGCCACCGGCGCGAGGUCUCGGCCGGGACUCGAACCCUGGACGCGUGGCUGGCGGGCGCGCACUCGCUGCUGGCGCGGCCGCCGCGCGCCGCCGCCGCCGACACACGCGCCCACAUACACCAGCUGCUGCAGCUCAAUGACGAGAUUGAGCAGCAUGAGGACCUGUUCAAAAACAUUAGCAGAACCUUCCAAUCAACAAUCGCCGAGCUGCCCCGAGACGAAGUAGAACAAAACAUGGCGAAGCUCAAGCAGCAGAAGGAAGCCCUGGUCUACGUCAGAGCCACGGUGCCCGUCAAACUGCACCAGUACAGGCAACUGUUAGUGCAGCAUGAGAGCCUGGAGAGCGGGCAGAAGGAGAUCGGACAGUGGCUGGAUAAAGCCGAGAGCUUGUUGAGCGAGCAGAAUGUUACGACGAGGGAAACGAUAGAAGAGACAUACACGAUCCACCGCACAUUCUUCUCUCGCACCACCUACUACCGCUCCAUGCUCGAGAGCAAAAACAAGGUGUUGCAGAACAUCCACAGUACGAAUGCAGACCACAGCGCCGAUGAGAGCGAACAGUUGCACUACAUGAAGCAACUUAACGACAGAUUCGCGCACGUAUCCUCCGAAGCGACCCGUCGUGAGGCCAACCUACAACACUUGGUCCGCGCGUGGGAGGACUUCGACAGCAAACGGCGGGUCGUCGAAGACUGGGUGGCUAGAGCCGAGGCUCUCCUAGCUGACUCUAGGGUGGACUCGAAGCAGGCUGUGGACUUCCAUAAGAGGUUCUUCCAGGGGGCUGAUGAGAGAUUGGUGGCUGAGCUGGUGCGGUCGGGGAGGGAGCUUAUUGAGCUCGUCCCAGAAUCCGAGCGGCACUCCGUGGUACAGUCAGUGGAAGAUCUCCAGCACGCGUGGCGCGCCGUCCUCGGCCGCGCGCCUCCACACCUGAUGAGGCUCGAGUUCAGGCUCGACCAGGCCGUGCUUGUACACUGCAUCAAGGAUAUUGAGAAGGAGAUUGCUUAUGAACAACAGGCGUACAACCAAAGCGACGACGCCGACGCGAUCUUACUCCGCAACUCGGAAUACUUCCGGCAGCACGGCAAGAUCCUUCAAGUGGAGCAGUCUCUUCAGAACCUACACAAGAUAGCGGACAGCUACACGCAACAGACGCAAGAUCAUAGUCUUGAGGAGGAGCUGGCGAAACACCAGGCCGAGUGGGAUAGCGCGGUCAGGAGGGUCGAGGAGUUCAGACAAACCCUUCAGCGCAUUCCGGCCAAGUGGGAGCAGUACCGCGCGAAGUUCGCAGAGAUGCAGCAGUGGAUGCAACACGUCGACACUACGAUGGACAGCAUCGUGCGGGAGGUGGACUCGGCUGAUGCCUUCGAGAGGGAGAAGACCAUCUUCCAGAACAUCUGCCGUGAAGCCGACAAGAAGAGAGAGGACAUGAAGUGGCUGGUCCAAACCCUAGACAUGCUCACCAACCACUGCUCAGAAGCGGAAGCCCAGGAAGAACAAGUCAAACUAGAAAACCUCAUCGCCAGAUACAAAAACUUAAUCCCAACCAUCGAAAUUACCAUGAUAAAGACCGAAACAUACACCAGGUGUUACACUUACCGUCGCGAAGUGCACGAAGUUAUCUGCAUUCUGGAAACAGCUAAAGAACAAGCGUCGGUGGUUCCUGAACCGCAGUCGCUGCAACAUGUUGAGCAACUGGUGUUGGAGCAGCAAGCGGCUGUACAGAAACUAGACCGACACAGACCCUCGGUCAUGUCUAUGCUACAGAGAGGCAAAGAACUUAUCAAGGACGCCAACGCACCGGCCUUCGUCAGAGAAGAUGUCAGGACGUUGGAAUCAGGCUGGAACACAGCAUAUGACUCCAACACUGAAAGGCUAGACAAGCUCCGUGACACACAAAAGGUCUGGUCCAACUACGAAUAUCAGAAAGAUGAACUGAUAUCGGACUUGGACAGAAUCGAAAGCUAUGUCGCUCAUCCAGGCUUGGAGUUGGGCGUAACUAAUAUUGGACGUGAACUACAAGAGACUAAAACGUACAACGCAGAUCUAGACAAAGCUAAGACUGAAAGACUUCCGCAACUACAAAGCGCGUAUGCUGAACUAAAAUCCCUGACAGCUAAUAAACCUAAGCCAGUUAUUGAAAAAGACCUUCAAAAUAUAGAGCGCAAACUGGACAGAGUUCAAGAUGAAGUGCAAACUAAAGUCGUGCAUCUGGAGAAGUUCAACGAAGAAUGGGUUAAGAUUGAACGCAAACUAGAACACGUACGGGAAUGGAUUAAAAAGGAAAGCCCCGCGUUGGUAUCCGAAAUCCAAUCUGAGAGUAUUACUCCCGAAGAGCGCGUGAUAAAAUCACAGGCGCUACAGGGUAUUAUAUCUGAGAAACUCGAAAUUAUUAAGGGAGUGGCCGAUCAAGGAGCCAAGUUAGCUGUCGAGCAUCGCGUCCAAGAUGCCAACAGGCUCAAGGGCGAAGUGGCCUUGUUGGAAAAGAUGAUGGCUGACCUCAAGCGGUCUACUGAACAACAAACCAAAGUAGUUGAACACGACUUGGCUAGCUGGCAGAAAUACCAGAAAGGUGUCGCUGAAAUCAAGCCAUGGAUCGAAGAGGCCGAAAUGAAACUCGGAAACCUCCCUAAACCAACGACCUUGCAAGAAGCUCAGCAACUACAACAGCAGUCGAAAGCCUUGGUCACUGACUGUGAUAAGCAAUUGAUGAAUCUACAGAUUCUUUCAAGCGUCAGUCAUCAACUGUCAGGAAAAACCAGUGCACCAGAUGAGGUCGACGCCAUACACUCACGAUGGGCGGUCGUACAUGACUUAGCUGAUCAAUGGAACAACAAACUUGACAAAUUAGUUUCCAAUUGGGAAAUCUUUGAACGUGAUGCAGAUAAACUAGCAGCUUGGGUGGAGAGUGGGGAGAAGCUUCUCAGCAGUCGCGCCGUAUCCAUAGAAACACCUCAAGUUGAAAAGUUAGACCGUGAACUAAAUAAGCUUAAGUCUUUCGGCAAUGAGAUCUCGCAACAACAAGCCAAGAUCAUCAGCUUGUCGCAGACAUGUGAUAACAUUUGCCACAGCAUACAACCUGAAGGCGCUACGGUACUAAAGAACAAAGUAGCCGAUAUAAAACAACGCACAAACGCGUUAGCCGAAACAGUCAGAACUAAAGUCAAUGAGCUUUCAGACAAAAUCAUUGUUAGACAAGAAUUCCAAACUAAACUGCACAACUUCGACAACUGGAUUACAGAUUUCAGACGCAAAACUGAAAGUUACGACCAAGUGGCUGCUGACAAAGUCGAACCUACAUUACAAUCCAUGCAUGUGCUUUUACAAGAGCAUGCCGCUAAAGAACCUGAAUUUACAGAUAUUUACAACGAAAUUAAGAACAUUACACUUAUGUCACAUCCAGACGAAACUAGAUCACUUUGUGACACAUACUCUAACAUCGCUGAAAACUAUCAAAUAAUUGAAAGCAACAUUCAACAAAACAAAGGAAUUCUGCAGAAAUGGGCAGAUCUUUUAAACUGGUAUGAAGACAACAAGCAGCAACUAGGUCACAUACAGUAUCAAAUCGACGGCCACAAACUUACCCCUGAGAGCUAUGAAAAACUCCGUCAGGAACUUGUAACUAUCAUCACGAAGAUUCCCGAAUGGAAGAGCAAUGUGGCUCUUCUGGACGGACCUUCAAGGGUCAAAGUAACUGAUCAAAACACUGGCAGAAUAAUGUCGCCCACCAGUCUGGUCAAAGAAAUCGAAGUAAAAGCAGAAGCUUUACUUAACCAGGUAACAACAAAGAGAGAUCUUGUCCAAAAAGUAGGUGCAAGAUGGGAUAAAUUUAAUAUGCAACAUAACGCUUUAACGGAAAUCUUGCACAAUGUGCAAACUGUGUUGAAUGAUAUGUCUCAAAAGACAUUGCCGUUGAAUGAAGCUACCAUCCAAGACAUGACAGAACAGCUAGACAAGAUAGACGCUGAUAUGAAAGAGAAGCAAAUCGUCAGAAAGGAAUUAAGAGAGGAGGGUCUGCAUUUAAUGAGAGAAGACCAACCUAAUAUGGGGACUAUACAAAAUGCUCUAUCAGCAGCGGAUAAUAACUGGGACCAAAUUGUAAACGCUAUACGUGACUCUAAGAAUAAAUACAUACUUCUAUCUUCUACUCUUCAAGAGUUGAAGAACUUCACAGUUGCUUUUGAUAGGGAAAUGAGCAGAGCUGAACAGUUACAGAAUGACUGUAAAGAUGCUCCUUGCGAUUAUGUGCAAACAGCGCAAUCCCUUGAGAAGGCUAAAAAAGCGCAUGAAAUUCUAAAGCGCUCCAAGAGUCUUCUUGACCAAAUGGAUGUAAUCAAACAGUCGGUGUUGAAGCAAGCAUCAACUUUAGGAGGUUUUGAUACUAGUCCUCUAGAGGAAUCAUUCUUGAACUCUCAAACACACUGGGAGAAGGUUAAUGAUGCCAUAAUUAAAAGGAUACAGGAUUUAGAAUCCCAACUGAUAGUUUGGAGGCAAAUAGAUGACACAAAGAACCAAGUAGUAAAUUGGUUAAGUGAAACCGGACAAAACUUGGCAAAUGCCUGUGAUAAUAUGGAAAUAAGAUUUGGACAAAGUCACCUUACUAAGUACAAGGAAGAGCUACCUUUGUAUUUAGGAUUAAAGAACAGCAUAGCAUCGAAAUGUGAGCAAAUUACAAACUUAAAUAAGAGUAUACCCCUUGGCCAAGUUACGUCAAUUGUAGAGUACUUAGACAACGAGUUUGAUGCUCUUAAACAAUUGGCAGAUAACUUGGAAAGUGCUGUGUCUUCACUAGAAACAAAGGAAACCAAAUUGAAGGACAAUAUCAAAAAGCUAUCUGAUUGUGUCAGUAAGAUUCGUGAUGACAUCAUCAAGUGCGACGACAUGACCGGAGACAAUGCCAAAAUCCUCGAUCGACUCAAGAAAUGUCAAGCUUGUAAAGGUGAACUACAAAAUCUAAAUGAUGAAAUUGACAACUUAACCGAAAACGUAUCGGAAAUGAACGCAAAUUAUCCUGGCUUCUAUGAAUCAUUAGUCCCAAAAGAAUUAAGUGCCUUACAAAAGAGAUUUGAAAGCGUUGUUAUUCACGCCAAUAAAACUGAAACAACCCUGCUUACGUUCUUGCAAAAACUAUUUACAGACAAAUUAGGAAUAUUUAAUAGGAACCUAAAGAUAUUAGAUGACAAGACCCGUUGGUGUAUGCCAGAUGCGGCUAGUGAUAAAUAUAACCUAGAAGUUAAAAUGGCUGCUCUGACUGAUGUAGAAAACGGUAUUGCUGAGUGCACCGGCAAGAUCAGGGAAUUGAAGGAAGCCAGUGAUAUAUUGAGAGUCGUUUCCGAACCUACUUGUGCUCAGGAAGCAGCAGCGCAGACCGAAAAAGCUCAAAAGAACCUAGACGUUCUAGCAGCCAAUUAUAAUGAAAUUAAAAACAGACUAAAGGAAAAUGUUGAAACUUGGCAAGACUAUGAGACUACUCUUGAAAAUGUUUCUGAAUGGCUGAAGGAGAAAGAGAAUAAAGUGAGAUUAGAAUCUGCAAAUCUUCUGACUCUCGACGAUAUUGAUACUAAAAUUGCUGAAAUCGAAAAGCUAAAUCAGGAAAUACAUGAUUAUGAAACUGAAAUUAAUAAACUCAAUGAUGUCGGUGAGAAGAUCAUAGCGAAAAAUCCUGAUUCACGUGUGACUCAACAUAUAAAUCACCUUGUGACAAGAUAUCAGACAGUAUCUAAAUUCAUGGAUGGCCAACUUGGCAGGCUUAAAGACUUGAAGGCCAACAAGGGAAAAUACCAGAAGUCCAUUGUUGAUUUCAAGAACUGGUUGACAGACGCUAACGGUAAAAUUAAAGAUUUAGCUUCAAUGAGCAAGCACUUAUCUAAAGCUACUCCAGCUGAUUUAGCCGAGAUGAAAAAGUUAAACGAUAAUAAAGAAGUUGGACAAAAACUGCUAAACAACGCUAUUGAAGCUGGUGAAUCGUUGUUCAGUGGAAUAACACCGGAAUGUCGAGAGCAAGUAAGGAAUGAACUAAGAUCGUUGAGAGACUACUUUGAAGAUUCAGCAGAUUCCCUUAAUAAUAUCAUAAAGGAUAUAGAAACCACUAUCAAUAAACGUUCGUCAUUCGAUGAUACUUUCAAUCAAGUCAACAAGUGGAUUGCUGAUAAAGAGAAUGAAUUAGGAGAGUUCAGGCUCUGUCCCACUCUGCCUGAAAAGAAGGCUCAACUUCAUACAAACAAGACCUUGCACCAAGAAGUGGAAUUACAUCAGUCUAUGCUAUCUCAAUUAACUGACAAAAUCAAAUUAUUACCCGAUGAAGAAGCGGAAAAAAGCCUUUCUAAAACUAUUGAGAGAUACACGAACAUGUCCAAGGAGCUUGAAAAGCGAGUGGCAGUUUGUGAAGGUCACGUCGCUGGACAUGAAAAAUAUGUUCAAGCAUUUGAGGAAUGUCGUGAUCGCCUCAACCAUAUUGUUGCUGAAAAUAGUCUAUUAAGUUACAGCGUUGUGACUCAGAAAGAGGAUGUUGACGCUAAGAUAGUUGCUAUUGAGAAAGUUACAGCUAAAGGGAAGGAUAUUGAUAAUCUUCUAUCCGGAUUGCAAACGCAACUACACUCAGUACUGGAAUCAACUAGUUCCAACGGACAUCCUGUAUUAAUAAGCGAGUUUGAACACCUUAAAAACACAUGGGGCCAAUUCACAACUCAAUGUCAAGAGCAAGAUAAGAAACUAAAAGAUACGCUAAAACAAUGGACUGAAAGUCAGAAAACAUUGGACGAACUUGAAGAAUGGCUGAACGUUAAAGAGAAUCAACUGAGGGACCAGAGUCUGAAGAGUAACCUAGAAGCCAAGAUAGCUCAUUUACAAAAAGUUAAAGAUAUUCAGGAUGAAUUAGCUUCCAGAGCAGCAGAUUUUGCUGCUUUAAGUGCAGGUAAACAAAAUGUUGCUGGAGAAUCAGAAAUUACCAACAAGACUUCCAAAUUAGCUACCAGAUACCAUACGCUAAAUAAUUUAGUGAAUGAAAACAUCUCGAAGUACGAAGUAUUUGUAUCAGAACACCAAUCAUUUGAAAACGAACAUGACAACAUGGAAAAAUGGCUGAUGAAUAUGCUCGGAGAGUUGCAAGACUUGAAUGAAAUAGUCGGUGACUAUGCUGUUCUUCAGGAUAAACAAAACAAGGCUAAGGAACUCUAUGAGACGAGAAAUAAAAAGACACCAGCUUUUGAAGAAUUCUUAAGUCUUGGCGAAAAAUUAUACGCGCAUACAAGCCCUGAUGGAAGAGAAGUCAUCCGUCAAAAGAUCCGCAAAAUUAGAACUUUAUGGGACAGCUUCGGCGACAGUUUCCAGGAGACUGUUAACAAACUAGAUCAGUGUCUACUACAGUUCUCUGACUUUUCAUUGGCUCAAGAACAGUUAACCAAAUGGCUUAAAGAUGUAGAAAAAGCCAUGCAACGUCACACUGAACUUAAAGCAUCUUUGGAGGAAAAGAAAGCACAGCUCCAAAAUCAUAAGAUUAUGCACCAGGAAAUCAUGAACCAUCAAACAUUAGUAGAGUCGGUAUGUGACAAGGCCCAACAGCUAGUUGACCAAACCCAUGACGCAUCACUAAAUGUCUACUUACAGUCGAUCAAACAGUUAUUCCAAAACAUCGUUACCAAGUCGCAGAACUUACAAGACAAUUUGGAAGACUGUGUAAAGAGGCACGAAGAUCUAGUGCGUCUUAUACAGCAAUACAAAGAGUGGCUCGGCUCGCAAUCUGAAAAAUUACUUGACAUCGAAAGCGCUACUGGUGAAAAACCAGAAAUAGUUAGAAAAUUACAGUCAGCCGUAGCUUUGAAAGACAUCGAAAAAUCUGGAUCAAUGAAACUGGAUGAAAUAAGAUCAGUAUUUUCCUCCGUUAGUAAGAGCACAUCUGAACCUGGAAAUGUAGCCAUCAAAUCUGAAAUUGACAAUUUGUUCACUCAACUGCGAAACGUUGUGGAAAACAUUGGAACUUCUGAACAAAAACUUAAAAAUACUUUGGAUAUUUGGAAUAAAUUUGAUGUGUCCAUAGAAUCCAUAACCGAGUGGUUAAAAGAUAUGGAAUCAAAAUGUAGAGACCAAAGUUUGUGUUCCACGUUGAACGAAAAAGAAGCUCAAUUGCAAAGAUAUGUUGAUUUACGCAAUAACAUCAACGCCAAAGAAAAGGAAAUUGAUGCCUUCGUCGAUGAGUCUCACAGCCUUAUCCAAUUGAGUGGUGUUGAGCGUCUGAAGCCUUUAGUUACACAAAUAAGCAGCCGUUACCAACAGCUUCAUGUAGUUUCUAAAGAAAUCGUCAACCACUGGUCCGAGUUAGUUGCGGACCACAAGAAAUACGCUCAAUUGCAAACUGAAUUUGACAACUGGCUUAAGCCACUGGAAGAACAACUUUCACAAAUGGUGACAAAAGAAGAUAAGCUUAGUAUUGAGAGCAAAGGAAAUAAACUUCAAGUAUUUCUACUUGAGAGAGAUAAUGGAGAACAUAAAAUCAGCAUUCUGACUGCAGCCGGAGACAAAGUGUUACCGGAAACUGCCGCUAAUGGCAGAGAAAGCAUACGCGCUGAAGUAAGAACACUCAGAGAAAGAUGGGAUAAAUUAAACGACACCAUUCUUCAACAACAAAAAGAAUUUGAAUCUCAAACCCUGCAAUGGUCUAGUUAUCAAGACGUCCUACAGCAGACACUAUCUUGGUUGGACGAAAAAGAAAAACUAGUAGAAGCUGAAGAAAAGGCCGUCCUUAAUUCCUCUCAAGAUAUCAAAUCUAAGUUGCUCAAAAACAAGACCUUGUUGCAAGAAAUCUAUUCUCACAAGAGAGUUAUAGAGACAGUGACUGAAAAGGCUAAGAGUGUGGCAGCAACAUUACAUUCUGGCAAGGACAAAAACGAUGAGAUGACUGCAAUAAUCCAGUCAGUUUGGGAUCGAUACAACGCCCUAACUGCCAGACUCGCUGGUAUCAUUGACAAACACGAAAGCACUUACGAAAUCUACCAACAAUUCACUGACCAACAGAAAUCUCUGCAAGAUUACCAAAAACACCUGUGGGACAGGCUUCACUUGCUAUCAGAUUUCAGCGGUAACAAAGCUGCUUUACAAAGUAAGCUGAAUAAGAUACAAGAGUUGUUAGAUGCCAUACCGACCGGCAAUAACAAGCUGAAGAUUUUGUCUGAUCUGAUUGACAGUAACAGCUCAAAGCUAUCUCCUAGAGGUAAAGAAGGCAUGUCUAGGGAGUUGGGAUUGCUGAAAGCAGAUCUGGAGAAGUUUACAGCAACUGUACACGACGUCAAGCGAGGCAUUGAAGACAAGAUCCAACAAUGGAUAGAGUUUGACAGUGCUAACGACAGGCUCCAACAUUGGCUGAGUGAAACUGAGAUGAGCUUGAAGACAUACACACCAAAAGCUACUUUGGAAGAGAAAGUUGACCAACUCAAUAAAUACCAGGAUCUUUGUAAAAAGAUUGGUAAUCAUGAAAGUGAAAUCGUCUCUCAAAUGAGCGCUGUGAUCAGUUUGGCAGAAUCCUUGGAUCAAGCUAUCUUAUCUAACUUGAAGAAGACAGAGAAUGACGUUGACAAAAUUUCUGAUGAGUUCAGUGACCUCAUUGAAAACUGCAACGACACUAGGAUCACAAUGAACCUUCAACAAAUGACGUCACGUUUCCAAUCUGUACAAUCUACGGCUAAGGAAUUAGUAAAGAAAUGUGAACAAGCUGUUAAUGAUCACACUGCUUACCAAGAUAAAUAUAAACAAUGCAACGAAUGGAUUAAGACUGCUCAGCAUAAGUUUGAUGAAUGUAACAAGAAUUUGUCAAACACUCCUGAAGGUAUCAAGGCCAAGCGCGAAAGCUUAAAUGAUCUUAUUAGCCAACGUAGAAAUGCUACGCUUCUUGUAAAUAAUACAUUUGAACUGGGAGAGAAGCUAUAUCCAUCUACAUCUCCUGACGGAAAGGAACUAAUAGAACAACAGCUGCAAGAAAUUCAGCAAGCUAUUGACAAUUUGUACGAUAACAUCACUAAAGCAGAAAGGGACCUAGACUCAGAACUAAACAAGUGGUCGUCCUUCGAAGAUAACUUAAAGAGUGUCAAACAAUGGCUUGCUGUAGCUGAAAAGAAUCUUCCGAAAGAUAUUGAACUGAAAGCUACUUUGGAUGAAAAGAGAAAUCAAUUGAAUGUUUACAGAACGUAUCUUACAGAUGCCACUGCACACCAACAGGAUAUUUCUGACCUUGAAGCUCGGUCUCAGAGCUUACCUGACGUGACUGAUGACAUUACGAAGGAAAUUAACAAACUCAAGCAACGACACAGCACCGUACUGUCUCGGGCUAAGUCUUUCGUUGAGCAAUACGAAGGAAUUGUUAAUAAUCAUCAACAGUACACUAAAUCGGUUAUGGAUCUUCAGGAAUGGGUGGAAUCCACACACAAUACCGCUCAACUUUGGGGUGACGUAAACUUAGAACGUGUGGCUUUGAGCAGUAACUGUGAAAAGCUAAAGUCUCUUCAGUCGGGCUUGCCUGAAGAAAAGAGCCGCAUUGAUAAGAUCCGUUCCUUAGGAGAAAAGGUUCUGCCUGGCACCAUCAGCCAUGGUCAAGCAAAUGUUAGAAGCCAAAUAGAUGCGUCGCACCAAGAGUGGGAGGGUCUGGUUUCAUUCAUCAACAAGACCAUUGAAUCUCUUGAGAACAAGAUACAGCAAUGGAAUGAAUAUGAAAACAUGAAGGACCAAUGCCUGGCUUGGAUUAGGAAUACUGACAACCAAAUCCAUGCUGUAGACUUGAAGGCCACUUUACCUGAAAAACAAAAACAGUACAACGAGUUCCAAGAAUUGCAAGGUGAAGUCAGAGCAAAAGAACUUGAAAUUGACAAUAUCACAGAAAAGGCUCAGCAACUCUACACUGGCGUUGGACCUCGCGGUUCACAAAUAUCAGAUCUAUCUGUCAAAUACCAGACACUGUCACAGAAGGUGAAAGAUUUGACGAACAGAUGGCAGCAGUACGUAAAAACACACCAAGAAUUCGCUAGUAAAAUCGCUGAAUGCUCACAGUGGAUCGAGGAAUUAAGAGACAAACUCGAUUUCUGCGCUGAUUUAAGUUCUUGUUCUCAAGAUGACCUGGAGACUAAGCUAGUUUUGAUCCAGAACCUUCUUCUGACCAAAGAUGAGGGUUUCACGAGAGUGCAAUCAUUGGUGGAACUGGCCCAGAACGUAAUGGCGAACACAGCACCAUCAGGACAUGACGCCAUCAACAACUCACUAGUAGCGUUACAAGAACAAUGGUCGGCAUUGCUUUCAAGAAUGAUCGAGACCAAGAACAUGCUUGAUGACUCCGUGACCAAAUGGGCUGGUUUCCUGGAACAAAUACAAUUGAUUGACAAGAGCAACACAUGGCUUGAAAACAUGCUAGCUGAACUCACUCCGUUCGAAACAUCAAUAUCUGACAAGAGAGCUCAACUAGAAAAACUAAAAGAAGUUGAAGAAAAGGCUAGGUGUGACCGUCUUGACGUUGACACUUUGAAAGCAAAGGCCGCAGAGAUGAUUGCUAGCGGCCAACAGAACGAAGCAGCUUCUAAGGCUCAAGAGACACUAAACAAAUUCGACUCCCUUUAUGACAAGAUCAAAAAACUGUUAGCUGACCGUGAAGAACAAUACAAGGACCACAGGCUUUACAAAGAAGCUCACGAUGAACUCAUCACGUGGCUCAGCCGAGCUAGAGAAAAGGUGCCAUCGCUGAAAUCAAAGCCGCUAAGUGAUAAAUUGGCUAUUGAAAACUCAGUGGCGCCUCUCGAAGGACUCAUCAACAAACAAGCUCAAGGAGAGUUACUGCUAGAGCACCUGCAACACACCGGAGAAGUUGUUCUAGCGAGCUGCUCAAAGGACGGUCAGACUAUUAUUAGAAACGAAAUGAAAGCUGCUAAAGAAAUGUUCAACGACUUGUUCAAUGAGAUCAAGAAACAGAAGAGUCAGUUGGAAGACAUGGUCAACCAGUUCCGUGAAUAUAAGGACGAAUAUGAGAGGCUCUCCGAUUGGCUAGCGCAGAAAGAGAUCCUGGUAAAGAAUCACAAGCUAGCCCUCCUAGGAACCGCUAAGGAGAAGGGCGCUCAAGUCAAUGAGGUCAAAGAAAUCGUUGACCAACUCCACAAAGGAAAGAAGGACAUUGAAACUUUCAAUGCUUCUGCUGCAGGACUGUUAUCUUCACAUCUAGACUCUUACGUUAACAACCAGCUGAGAUUACUGAACCAGAGGUACCAAGUUUUGAUGAACAUGGCUAACGAUGUGCUCAAGAAGGUGGAAACUAACUACGAGCAACACCAGACAUAUGAUGACAACUACACAAAGACCAAGAAGUGGGUCGACGAUGCGUGGGAAAUUGUCAGGAGUGGAAGCGACGCCGGCAGCAACAGCAGCAAGGAAGCUCUGCAGAAACGUCUAGAACAAAUUGAAGAUUUACUGAAGAGAAGAGAGGAGGGACAGAAUUUAGUCCAUGCCACAGUCAACAGCGGCGAAAAGGUACUCAGAAACACUAGAUCCGACGGCAAAGACAGAAUAAAUACAGAACUAAAGGAACUCCAAAAUGAAUGGGACCGUCUAGUCAAAAAGAUGACCACAGCUAAAGUCCACCUAGAAACGGCCCUGCUCCAAUGGGCCGACUACAGCUCCAGCUAUUCGCAGCUGCAACAAUGGAUCUCUGACAGAGAAGCAAAAUUACAAGAAGUGUGUGAACUUAAAGUCGCCAAGUCGAAGAAGGGGCAAGACCGUCUAGCCGGCCUGACCACCGGUCUGAGCCUCGGCGAGCGCAAGGCCACACUCCGUCAAACAAACAAUAUUGUACAAGAUAUCGUUUCGUUUGAACCCAUGAUUCAGUCUGUAACUUCCAAGGCUUCGGAAUUGAUGCAAUCGGCCCCUGCGUCCGAGAUCACUAGCAAAUACGAAACUCUUUCAAAGCAAGCUAAGGAUCUGUAUGAGAAACAGAAGGAAACAGUUGAGCAGCACCAGGCGUUCAUAAAUGCCGGUAGCGACUUUGUUCAAUGGAUCCGUGCUGCGAGGGAGAAGCUAGGAAAGUGUUCGGACGCUACGGGAGACAAGGAAUCUUUGAGCAGUAAGAUUUCCCAACUGAAGGUGCUGGAAAGCGAGCUGCCCGAAGGUCAGGCGAAACUGCAGAAAGCUCUAGAACAAGGUGAAAUCUCCUGCCAACUCGCUGAUGAUGAAGACAGAGAGGAGAUCGAGGAAGAAGUGGCUCUCAUGCAAGAGGAGUAUGACACCUAUGUUGAGCAACUAAACAACACGAAAGCCCUGAUCGAGGGCGGCAUCGUGAAGUGGACAGAAUACGAAGAACAAUACAAGGAAGCCCUGGACUGGUUGUCCAAGACUGAGACGCUAGUGCAGGCGUUUAAUAAACUGCAGAACAGUCUGGAGCAGAAGAAGGUGGUGCUUGAGGAGUUCCAGGGACACCUCCAAACGCUGUUCGACUGGCAGACCGAACUAGACAAGUUGAAUGUUCGAGCGCAGACACUUCUAGAGACAUGUGCUGACACGAGGAUCAGUAACGGCAUCACGCAGUUGACCACCAAGUACAACGCGCUGUUGUCGCUGGCUAAGGAGGUCAUGAAGAGGCUUGAGCUGCAUUAUCAGGAACACCAACAACACAACGCCCUGUACGGCGAGUGCCAGGACUGGCUGGACCGCACCCGGGAGAAGCUCAACCAGUGCGCCAAGAUACCCGACUCAUUGCAGGAGGUCAACAGCAAGCUGAACACGGUGAAACUGUUGAGACAGUCGCUGGAGCAGGGACAGAAUAAACUUAGAUACCUGCUAGAACUGAAAGAGAAGGUGAUAAUGAACACGGAGCAGUCAGGAGCUGCCAAGAUCCACGAAGACACGGACAGUCUGAAGCAAGAGUUCGACAAGCUGAUAGCAGACCUACAGGACGUUAGGGCGAAACUCACCAGCCGCGCCGCACAGUUCGAUGAUAUCUCUAAGAUUCACAAACUGCUAGUCGAAUGGCUCGACGACAUCGACCAAAAGAUCCAAUCGGACGACUCGCUCCUCAACGACUUAUCCGAAAAGAAGGCCAAACUAGAGAAAUUCAAGACCUUCAGUCGAGACAUCGACUCUCACAGUGACCUGGUGAACAAACUGAAUGAGAAACUGGCUGAAGACGCGUCUCUGAAGACCAAGGAUAUCGCUGACACGCUGGCACGCUACGACGGGAUCAAGAAAACCGUUGGUGAUAUGAUUGUGAAACUAGAACAAUACGUGAACUCCCACAUACAAUACAAGGAAUCAUACGACAGUUUCUACGACUGGAUCCGCGCGCGCAAGAUCGAGAUCCAACAGGAUUCCGACUCGCAUGGAGAGAAGAAACAAGUGCAGGAGAAGCUGAAGAAUGUUAGCAAGAUCAUCGACAGCCUGCCUAAAGGUGAAGCCCUCCUAAACAAGGCCGUGGACCUAAGCGAAGCGGUAAUGGAAACCACCGGCAACGAAGGCAAAGACAACAUCAACCAGGAGAUACGCCAGCUCAAGAUCGAGUGGGAGAAUCUCCAACAAAUCUGCAAAGACACCAGCAAACUGCUGGAGAAGUGUCUGUUGGCCUGGGCGGACUUCCUGGACACUCAGGACAAGAUGAGCAAGUGGGUCAAGGAGUUUGACGGCAAGUUGAAGCAAGUGCAGAAGGUGGACAAGAUCACGCCCGAGCAUUUGGACAAGUGUCGGCAACUGCUUGCUGAAGCCCUAGGCAACAAACAUGUCCUAGAAGAGUUGAACGACCGUUGCGAGAACUUGAUGGAGCUCAGUGCAUGCGCGUGGGUGCGCGACAAGACCGUCGCGCUGCAGACUGAAUACACCACCUUACUGACCAAGAUACAGAGUCUAGUCUCCAACGGAGAGAAGAACCUGUCAGACCACACUGAGUUCAUUAAGGCAAAGAACGAUUUGCAGCAAUGGCUUGAGACUGCCCACGGCACGGUUCAUGAUUCAGUAGGAGUAGGUGAUAUUGACGCCACUAAAGAUAAACUAGAGACUAUCAAACUGGUCAGCAACAGAAUGACUGAAGGACAUCACCUGCUAGUCGUCUUACAAGAAGCGUUCAAGAAGGCCCUCAACAACACUCCACCGGAGGAACAAGACAGCUUGAGGAAUGACGUACAAGUACUUCAAGAGAGCUGGGAUCAACUGAAGAUCGACCUCAACUCGAUCACAGCACAACUCAAAGCCGCCAUCGGAAAAUGGGAGGACUUUGAAGAAUCCAAGAACAAGAUCAACAAAUGGAUUAAAGAUACCGAAGCUAAUCUUGACAAGGUUCCACCAACGGGUGGAGAAUUGGGCGAGAUGAAGACGCUUCUAGAAAAGUACAAGCAUAUUGAAGAAGAGAUCGAUAACAAGAAGCCAGAACUAGCGAGGCUGAAGGAAGAAGCGGCAGAGUUGAGCGGCUGGGCCAAAAAACCUGCCGUCAAAGAAUCCGUCACAGAAAUCGAAAAGAAAUGCAACGCUCUGCGCACCAAAUGCGCGGCUAAGAAGGCGGAACUGGAAUCAGAAAUCAAAGACUACAACCAAUACCACCAGUCUUUACAAGACACAGAGAAAUGGCUUCUGCAAAUCUCCUUCCAACUCAUGGCACACAACUCUCUCUACAUUUCGAACCGGGAGCAAACAGAAGAGCAGUUAGCCCAACACGCUGUCUUACUAGACGAUAUCCAAAAGUACAGAACCACUUUAGACGACUUGGAAGCUAAGGGGCGAGCUCAGAUUGAGAGAUACGAGAAGUCUACUCCAGGCAUUCGUGAAACUGUCGGGAAACAAUUGAAGAACGUUAACGAUAGCCACAAGUCUUUGUUAGCGACUGCGCUGCAGAUUGAGAGGAGGUUGAGGGAAGGACUGGCCAAGUUCAAGGAGUAUGAAGACACUCUGGAGAGCAUCUUGAGCAAUCUGGACGAGUGUGAGCCGGCCAUUACCGAGUUGGACGUGCCUGUCGAUGGAUUGGCGCAUGGAAGGGAUCUGCUGGAUAAGGCUAGGGCCCUCCACAACAAACUCCAAACAGAAAAGAGCCGUCUCUCAGCGGCCGUAGCGGCUUGCAACGCAGCAGCCGCCUCCGUCUCCCGUCCAUCAUCACCAGCCGACUCAGCCCCACUACCCGUCCCGGCCAAGGAGCUGCUAGUGCGGGCCAGGCUUGAAGACUUGAUUGACCAGAAGCGAGUGGAGGACGUCGGCGGCACUCGCCUGCACUCUAUACUGCGGAAUGUGGACGCGCCUGAGUUUAAUGAGAAGAUCGUGGCUAUCGAACGUCAGGUACAAAGCCACCUAGAAACACUAGGCGAUGCAGUCUACGGCAUGGAGGAGGCUAUGAAGCAAGUGACGGAGAUCCAGGAUUGGAUAACUGUACACACAGCACUGGCUCGUGAUUGGCUGGCCAACCCGUCGAAGCUGCGACCGGAAGCGGCCAAACAGGAUAUGGCGGCCAUGAGUGAUGCUCUUGUCUCGCUCGGAGAGAAGAGGAAUAGACUAUUGACGGAGAUUCCUACUGAUGGUCUAGAAGACGAAAUCAACCUUGAAGAAGAUCUAGACACUCUCGAAGAAGCCAUAGUUAAGGCAAUCGACAGAGAAAAGACAAACCAAGGCACCAUAGAAGAUUUCCGACGCAAAUGCCAAGAGAUCCACGAAUGGUUCGACCAAGUGCUGAAGAAAAUGUGUGUAGCAGACAAAGGGUCUGGUCUGCCGUGCCCACAGAAACUUGACAAGCUCAGGGAGUUAGUCAAGGAGUUUGAAGAAGGAAGGCAAAAGGUCGAUGACAUCAAGGAGGUUGGAUCUCAAGUCAUCAACAUUGUCAGCAAUCUGGAGUCGCAGCAGGUUGAAGAACAAAUGAAAUCCGUCGAAAGAAGAUACAACGAUAUCGCCAAACGCAUCCAACGCAAACUGCAAAUGCUUGAAAUCACAUACAAAGCUAUUGAUGGCACCAAGAGCGAGGUUACAGCUCAGAACGAAUGGAUGCAGAAGGAAAUCGACAACAUCCUACAUCCAGAACCCCUUGGCUUUGAGAGCAAAUCUGUCAAAGAACGACAGAAGAAAAUGGCCAACUUGCUCAAAGAAACUGACGGAAAGAAAACUGUUAUCGACUCACUAGAAAAGAAGGUCAGCAAUAUUCAAGCCGAACUUGAGCCUUCGGAACAGACGCAGCUAGAGUCAGAACUAUCUGAGCUCGCUUCCAAGCAAAAACAACUGGCCACCCUCGUCAAACAAGAGAUUGAACGACUUGGUGUAUCUUCCGAGGACAGAAAGAAAUUAGAAAACGAUAUUGAAAAGGCCAGAAACUGGUUGAAGAACAAAUUAGCCGAGAUCAAAAAGCUCGGAGGUCCAGUGCCCUUAGAAGCUGCCAAAGUAGAAAAAGAAAUAGCCGUACACAAGAAACAUCAGACUGAACUGUCAGACUUCCAUAAUGAUACCUUAGGUGAAGUUGUCAGGAGAGGAAACACUGUGUCCAAGGAUUGUUCACCCGAAGACAAGACAAAGCUACAAACUGUGCUAGAAGAACUUAACAAAAUGUACACAUCAGCUAAAGUAGACAUUGAUGACAAACUGGGAGCAUUGAACAAGCAGCUUCAAGGCCGAAAUGAGUUUGAAGCAGAUUUCGGCAAAUGCCAGAGUUGGCUCAACGAAGCUGAAGUGGCUGCUACUCCUGAACUGAGAACCACCAGUCUUCAGCUCUUAGAAGAACAACUAGUCAAGUUUGAGAAACUUAGCAAAGAGGCUGAAGAUGUUGAAAAGAACAUAAAUAAGAUCAAGGACAAGUCCAAAGAUAUUAUGAACACAUUGUCUGACUCCAACAAACUACAGCUUAAAGAGCAAGUCAAUGUUCUAUCCGAUAAGUUUGCGAGAAUCAAAGCAAUCAUAAACGACAAAAAGAAUGUCCUCUUGAAACACAUCAAGGAAUACAAGGAUGCGGCGGCAAAGAUCGCUGCAGCUUUGGAAUUCUUGCAGGACAUCCAAAACAAGUUGAAGGCAUUGAACAAACCUAUCGGAAGCAAGGUGGAAGAUGUCCAACCGAUCAUUCAGGCUUACGAAGCUAUCUUAGCAGACCUGAAGAAGAACAAAUCUAUGUUAAAUGAGCUUCAAGGAGGAAACCUCCAUGAUCUCCAAGACAUUUUGACUCAACAAGACGAUCUAAUGAGUACUAUUGAAGACCAAAUAUCCAAACUCAAAGUGUUGCUUCUGCUCCGAGAACAAUUCUUUGCUCUUGUCAAAGAGAUCAAUGAAUUUAUCGCUAAAUACACUGACGUCACCGCUGAUAUCGAGAAGUCUGACGAUUCCCUUGAGGACAAAAUCAAGCGUUACGACGACGUCAUAAGCAAAAUCCAAGGAUGCGAAGCUUUGCUGGCCACAGCUACUGACAAGGGCCAACAAAUAGCUGCAGAAGGUACUGUUAUGGACAGAAACAACAUCACAGAGCUACUGCAGUCUCUGAAACAACAGCUAUUGAACCUCAGAAGAAACGUGGAGUCCAAACGCCAAGAACACGAGAGGGCAGCGGCUGAGCAUAAGAAGUUAGCAGCAGAUCUGUCUGCUAUUCUUCAACUGUUGCACGAUAACGAAGCUGCAGUACACUCACGUCCUUUAUUGAGCAGGGACGUGGUCAGUGUUGACAAGAAACUAGUCGAACAUGCCACGCUAGUGAAAACCAUACAAGCUAAUCUGGACAAGUUAUCAAAGAUCACCGAUGUCGUUACGAACGAGGAUGGCGUGCCGGGCUCGCUACUCGAAAUGAUCUCCGAAGCAAACUCUCUAAAGACAUCUCUACCAGCUGAGUUGAGCAACAGGGAGAAAUACCUGCAAGACAACAAGAAAUACAGACAGCAGUACUUGCAGCUAGUCGAAAAACUAAACAUCUGGGCUAACGAAGCGACCAUUCGUCUCGACAUGGGUAAAAACGGAACAGACUUCGAAAACAUCGAGUCCGACCUUGAAGAGCACAAGUCUUUCUUCAACACUUCCGAGCCUGAAAUGAAGGACCUCGUCGGCAAACGUAUGCAAGACAUUGUCGACAAGAUCUGGGCUUCCUUAGCCGCCAGCGAACAAGAGGAGCUGUCGAAGGAUCACCAGAAACACAACCAGCUAUUGAAGAACACCUUAAACUCUGCUAAAUCGAGGCAGGCUCAGCUGGAGCAAGACCUGGAGAUCUGGAGGGACUUCUGCCAGCUGGUGGAUAAGAUCCAGGCGAUAUUGGACAAGAAUGACGUGCAGGAGGAACCAAUCACGUCGGUCGAUGUGCUGAGAGCGUAUCUGGACAAGCUCAACCACGCCAAGAAUGAUCUUGAGAGUCAGCAGCCGCUGCUGACGGUGGCGGUGGAGCGCGCGCGCUCGCUGUGCGGCGGCGCGGACGCGGCCAGCGGCGAGCGCGUGGAGCUGCGCGCCGGCGACCUGAGCGAGCGCUGGACUGCUGCUGCUGAGGGUCUAUCCACCCGCGCGGCGACAGCAGAGAACCAGCUGCAACGAUGGAGCCAGGUCCUAGACUUGCAGCGGGGGCUGGCGGGCGCGGUCACGGCGGCGGCGGACCGGCUGCGGCAGCUGGAUGCCGCUCCGGAGACCAGGAAGAAGGCGCAGGAUACUAGGAGCGCUUUGCAGGAGUUGCAAACGGAAGUGAACGGCCUAGAGGACUCCAGAGACGAACUUCUAGAACAUUCUGAGUUCGUCCUGUCGAUCCUGAAGGGCUACUCUGCGCAGGCGGCGGCGGAGACGGCCAAUAGCGUGCAGGAUGUCGUCGACAGCUAUGACAAAUUGCGACAGAGCCUCGCGGCGAGGCUCGCGGAGAUCGACGAAAUCGUGUCCGAAUUCGAGCGCGUGUCGGAGCUGAUCGAGGAGCUGCGGCAGCAGGUGGAGGUGGCGCUCGCUAAAGUGAACACCCUGUACGUGUUCGGCGAGGACCAAGGCGAGGCGGUACAGGCGCUAGGGGACGAAGUACAGGGCGUGUGCGCGCGCGUGCGGGAGUUCUGCGCGGAGCGGCGCGGCGCCGAGCAGCAGGAGGCGGCGGCGCUGGAGCUGGCGGGCGAGGCGCUGGCGGCCGCCAUGGACGACAAGCGGCGCGAGUGGGAGCGCGCACAGGCGGCGCGGCUGCAGCGCGCGCAGGCCGCGGACCACGUGCAGGCGUGGCUGGCGGCGGCCGAGGUGGCGGCGCGGGACCGCGCGCUGGCGCCGGCGCCGUGCCGCGCGCGCGUGGCGGAGGCGCGGGCCGCGGCGCCCGGCGCCACGGAGCGGCUGGAGCUGCACGCGGCGUGCACGGCCGCGCUGCUGGCGGGCUCGCGGGACGCGGCGGAGCGCGCGGCGCUGACGGCGGGCGCGGCCGAGCUGCAGGCGCAGGUGCAGGCCACGCUGGCGGAGCUGGCGGCGCGCCACGCGGCGGCCGAGGACGCGUGCGACGCGGCCGCGCGCUUCCUCGCGCUGCUCGAGAAGGUGCUGCUGUGGGUGGAGACGCAGCGCGCCUUCCUCGCGCGACCACUGCCACUCACGGACCUACACGAGGCCAUACAGAAACAGACUGAAUACGGGAACGCACUGAAGAGCUGCAAGCAGCAAGGGAAGAACCUGGCGGAGAUGACGAAGGAGAUCGAGCUGAUCGAGCGCGUGACGAGCCCGGGCGACCUGCCGGCGCGCCUCGAGGCCGCCGAGAACGCCACCGUCGACGUCGAGAAGAGAUUAGCGAAGACCAACGGUCUUCUACAAGAGUUAGCGGAGGAGUGGGAGAGAUGCGAGAAGAAGCUAAAGGACGUGGGCCACUGGCUGGAGGCCACGGCGCGGGGGCUCGACACGCCGCAGAAGAAACCUCUCAGAGACCGCCUGGCCCUCAGAGAGAAGCUGCUCAACGACAUUUCCACACAGAAAACCAAGAUCUCGUAUUCGGUCGAGAAACUCAACGUACACUUCGCGCCGGGCGGCGUGGCGGCGCAGUCGGCGGGCCCGGCGGUGGUGGCGGCGGCGGCGCAGCAGCUGUGCGUCUCGCUGGACGCGCUGGGCGCCCGGCUCGCGGAGCAGGCGCGGCAGCUGGCGGCGGCGCAGGCGCAGGUGGACGCCUACUGCGCGGACGUGGCGCGCCUGCGCACCAGCCUGCUGCAGGCCGAGCAGCAGCUGCGCCGCGCCGCCGCCAGCGACCACGCGCUGCAGCAGCAACAGGGUAUCGAGAGGCGUAUCGAGGAGGUGACUCGGGCCAUCUUCGAGUUGGACCCAAUGUUUGUGGAGCUGGGCAUGUUGGCGGCGGCCGGCGGCGCGGCGCUGCGCUCGCGGCCCCCGCGCGCCCCCGCCGCCCCCGCCGCCCCCCGCGCGCCGCUCUACGCCGACGUGCUCCGCGGCUCCCGCUCGAGCUCGGCUCAGAGCCACGUACAGGACGAAGCAACGGAUGCAGUGCAAAGUGAAACAGAGCCAGUGUGUAGUGAAACGUUCCAUGUCAGUCGAGUGAUCGAAACAGAAACUGACGUGUGUGUUGAGGAUAGUUGUGUGCCGACACCGGUCGUUACCGAGUGUUUAGAGGAAGUACCGGAUAGUCCAGUGGAGGAGGCGAUGGUUGAAGUGGUGGCCCCGGCGGUGCAGGCGCUGCGCGCGCCCGCGGCGGCCGCGAGCCGCUCCCCGAGCCCGGCCGGCAGGCCCGACCUGUCGUACGCGGAGAUCCUGGCGCUGGGCCUGCGCCGGCGGCAGGCGGCCGCGACGAGAGACCACGUGGAGGCCAGCCACGACGACACUGAAGAACCAGUCGAGAAGUCGCCGCCGCCACAAGAACCUAAGCCACAGACCGAGUCAAGGCUGCGGCCUCAGAGGCCACCACAGCAGCGAAGCCGGUCUCGAGAAAUACCGAGACAGAGGAGAUCCGAAAAACGUCUGAUUAAAGGUCAUGACGUAGUAGUGAAAAAGAAAAAACCAGCCAAAAAAGUUAUCGAAGUUCAAGACUUCGAUGACGAAACGGAAAUCGAGCCAGUCGAAGAAAAACUAACGGCUUGCAAACAGUCAGCGUCACCUCCUAUUGGGGGAACAACACACAGGGAUGUUGUUAAAAAAAUUCAACACAGUGCAACAGUCGUGGAGACUGUCACUGAAAAAGUAGUUAGCCUUGAAUCUGAACCGGAAAUAGAUAGGGAAGACGAACGGAAACGUUCUAAAAAGAAGCAUAAACCUCAUAAACCUAAAUCUUCUCUCGAUGAAAUCGAACGAGCCCUUAAGGAAAUCGACGAUUCUAAACAGAAGAAAAAGAAAGGAUCAAAGGACGUCUCACCUGAGAGUGAAACAGUUCUUGAGCAUAAACAAGAAAUAUCAAGCUCAGAAAUACCUACAGAAGUUACGAAAAAAACUAAAAAGAAGAAGAACCAUAAGGACCCUAAGCAAAUUGAUGAAAUAAUACAAAUUGAUAAUAGUUCCGAAUGUAUAAGCGUACAGUCGACAAAAACAUCAUCGCAAACAAAGGUACAUAGCGUGGAAUCUGUUGGCGCGGCUCCAAGCCUAGCCAAUGAACCGAUUACUGACGCAGACAAUAAAAUCACUGACGACUCUAAAGAUAAGAAAAAGAAGAAGAAAUCUAAAAAGAGCGCUGAUAAAUCACAGGAUUUGAAUUUUAAACAAAUGGAGAUUAAUCCUGUAGUUGCGGAAUCUAUUUCUAUAUCAAAUCUUACAAUUGCGACACAGCCAAGUGAGUCACCUAAAGAAAUAUCUGAAACAUCUAAACAAGAUAUAGUCUCACACGUGUUAGAAUCUUAUCAAAGUCAGUAUUCAGAGCAGUUGGUAUCAAGCGAGCAUCAGUCUGUAGAAAUAGAACAUCAAUCUGUAGAAAGCAAGUCUACAGUUCUAAAACAAUCUGAAUCUAAUUCAGGAAUAAAAGAAGAUAGUCUGUCCUCUUCGAAGAAAAAGAAGGGAAAGAAGAAUAAGCAAGCUGUUACUGAAGACAACCAAACAACAUUAAUCAAGGCAAAUACUGAAGGUGUAGUUGAAACACUGCCAGAAAAAGUAGUACACGAAAGUGAGAUGAAAAUACAAAAAUGUAUUGAUGAUUCUUUGUUACAUACAUCUCAUUCCAAAACUAAGAAAAGGAAGGGCAAAUUACAAUCUACGGAACAACUAAAAGAAAGUACACCUCAAAUUGAAAAUGUUGAGGAACCCUCAGCUAACACAGACACGGUUAUCGUUUCAGUUGAAGAAAAUCUCGAAAUGCCUAUUCAGGCGGAAAAAAUACAUACACCAGAAAUUGUAUCUCAGCCUAACAUAGAAACAGAACAGCAAAAGGUUAUUGAGGAUUCCGUAGUACAGAUUAUUCAAAAAACGAAAAAGAAAGGAAAAACACUUUCUACUGAACAAUUACAAGAAACUAUACCUAAAGAUAUUGUUACUGAAAUUACUGAGGUACCCUCAACAGACACAAUAACAGAACAUCUGGCUAAGCCAGUGACAACAAAGGAUCGCCUUGAAAAAAGCUUAAUAGUCGAAACCGAAACAAAUCUGGAUCCUACGGUUACAACUUCACCAAAAGAAGUUUUUGUCACUGAGACAGAACAACCAAGGGCUGUUGAAGAAACUGUAGUACAUAAGAGUCAAACCAAAACGAAGAAAAAGAAAGGAAAAACUCUUUAUUCUGAACAACUACGAGAGACGACCCCUGACAGUAUUUUGGACCAAAAUGCUGAGGCGUCAAGUAGCACAGAAACUGCUAUAUCAUCGGUAACUACUAAGGUUUCUGCUGAAGAAAUACUACCCAUAGAAGAAGUCAAAACAAUUCCUGAACCUGUUAUUGACACUUUACCUGAAAAUGUUCUGGUCACUGGGACAGAACUUACAAAGAUUGAAGAAUCUGUAGUAUCUAUGAGUCAUACUAAAACCAAGAAAAAGAAAGGAAAAACACCAUCUUAUGAACAAGUACGAGAAAGUACCCCUGACAGUAUUAUCGGUGAAACUGUUGAGGAGUCAACUUCAAGUAAGGCAGAAUCUUCUGUAACAACGAUGACGACAAAGGUUUCUGCUGAAGGAAAACCAUCAUUGCAAGUUGAGGAAAAACCAAGUGCUGAAGCUGUUACUGAAACUUUGCCUGAAAAUAUUCUAGUUACUGGCACAGAACCUGAAAUGAUUGAAGUUCCUAUGAGUCAUGCUAAAACCAAGAAAAAGAAAGGAAAGACACUUUCUUCAGAAGAAAUACAACAAGCUGAAUGUAGUAACAGGGUAGUUGAAAGUGCUGAGUCAACUUCAUCUAGCUCAAUUGCUGCACAUACAAUUAUGGACAAAACAGAAAGUUCUUCAGUUGAAAGUUCUCAAGAAGGAUUACCAACUUACAAGGAGGCAAUGGAUUCCCAAACCCUUACUAAGCUGUCAAAGACCAAGAAAAAUAAAAAGAAAAAGGAUGCUAUACUUGUGGAAGAGACAAAAAUUGAGGAAGCAAUUCCCGAAGAAACUGAAAUAGUCGGUCUACUGCCUGAACCUCAGCAAAGUGGAAAUACAGAUAUAGCAUCUAAGUCUAAGAAAAAGAAAGGCAAAAAUGUUGCCAAGAAAUCAGAAAAUGAAAUAUCAUUAGAAAAAGAAACCUCUUUGGAACCUCUUGAAAUUAUUAAAGAACAGUUAUUUAAACCUGAAAGUACUACUGUAACUUCGGAGGAAAAAACAUCAAAGAAAUCCAAGAAAAGGAAAGAUAAAAAACUGGUUAAAGAACCUGAUUCAUUUGAAUCACAAGAAUCCGUUAACAUCCCUGAAGCAAACCCUAUUGAGGCCUCGACCUCAUUAACACAAGAUAAUGAAGAAAACCAACCAUUUGAAAUUAUAAAAUCUAAAAAGAAAUCUAAGUCAAAGAAACAUAAAACUUCUGAUGAUGACACUGCUAAACCUUUGAAAGAUAUUGAUAUUUUGGCCCCAACAAAAGAAAAAUCAGCUAGUCCACAAAAUAAUGAACCACUUGAAAAAGAGCCUAGUAAAGAAUCUAAGGAAAGUACUCCGCAGGCAAUUGACGAAAGCCUUAUAGCUGUGGACUGGAACACAUUAAUUGAAGAAGAAGAAGCUAUUGGCUGCAAGGCGUCUACGUCUGCAUCUGAAGCAGAACGAUUAGCUUCUGAAAUAACAAUAGUUCAAGAUCCUCAUGCAUUCCAUCAACAAAAAGACGAAGAAAUGUUAACUAAAAAGGAAUCAAUUGAAAUAACGAAAAACGUUAUCACUCACAUAACCUCAGACACAACGGUUUCUGAAACUGAAACAUUAAAAGACUCCACAGUAAAGUCACAAACGAUUACUUCAAGUAGUCCUGCUAGCGAGCAAAAUAAUAAUGAUAAAUUCUUCUCUACGGAUGAUUCAAAGGAAGGUUCAAUUAGUAUAGUCGAAGAAAUUACUUGUUAUAAACCAAGAACUGAAGAUGUGGAAACUCGAACCAUAUACUUAAUAACUCACGAAGAGAAAAAGCUUCCACCUAUAAGGACCGUAAAAGUGUUUAGAAGUAAAACUAAUUCUUUAGAAGAAACCUUGUCAUCGCCUGAAGAAUCUGUUGCACCUUCUUUGAAUAUUAUUAAUCAAGAACAAGUAGAGACAUCGACGAAAGACAAACAUCUCAUUGAUAGUAAGGAGGAUGAGAAGGAACUAGGUGAUCCACUUGAGAUUUUAAACAAAGAUAUAACAGAAAAAAAUCUUUCUCUGAUCAACGUUGAAACAAUGAAAUCCCAAACCAGCAGUUUUAUAACGGAAGAAAUAAGCUCUAUUCAAAGUACUGCUCAAUAUUCUACUGAAACGACAUUUAAAACUGAAUCUGAAGAAUAUGAACUUUCUGAAACUACUAUUUCUGGUAUAAAUCUAGUCGAUUUGUCGUCAGAUCUCACCCCUGAUGUUGAAAAGACACAGGAAAUUUCGGAAGAACCAGAAGUUCAAUUUGAUUUAGAAGAAGAUAUUUUAGAACCGGGUAUUUUCGGUUCUGUACAAGACCGCCGCAGAAAACAAGACAAACAUAAGGGAUCCAAUGUUCCUUAUCGAGAACUUAUCAAUGAAGUUAAAACGUAUUCUUUAGAUAUGGACAUUGAUCAGUUAGAGUACCAGUAUUAUAUGCGUAUGCUGGAUGAAAGACAAAACUGUUUAUUAUCUCAAGUAGAUAUAACAGUGAUUCAGCAGGGAUCACCUAGCUUGGAACAAGAAGAACCACUCAAUAAUAAAGAUGUAUCUGAUGUUGAAACUGAAUCAGCCACUUUGGAGUUGAAACAAGAAUCUAAGGAAGAUGAUCAACAUGUUGAUAUAAUUGAUACUGUAUUAACUGAGAGCUCACCAUCGCACAGUUUAAAUAUACACGAAGAAGCUCCUAGUCAAAGCUAUCAAGAAAUCAGAGAUGCUGAAAAUGUAUUAGCUUUAACUGAUACAAAAACACUUUCUCUAGAAGAAAUAUGCCCAUCAGAUGUGACUAAAACUACAGUUCUAUCAAGUUCUUUAACUGAGACUUCAUGGGUUCAAGAAGUUUCUCGUGAGAGCUAUCACGAAGUGUGUGAUGCUCAAAAGACUAUUGAAGCCCUUGAAACUGAAUGUCCCGACGAACAACCGGAAGUAAUACAUAUUUCUGAACUAACAACAACCGAUAAUGAAGUAACUUCUUCAGUUGGUGAUAUGAAUAUUCUGAGCUCUGAAACACCACGCCACAGCUAUCAAGAAAUAAAAGAUGCUGAGACUAUACUGGCUCAUUGUACAAAUAUACCUGAUCCGGAUACUACAGAAAUUGUUCCAACAGAACCAAGCGAACUUGCAGUUGAAAAAGUUUUUGAAGACAGUGCACAAAGUUACCAUGAAAUUAAUGACGCCGAAAAUAUGCUAGCAUCUCUCAGUUCAAUUAAUACCUCAAUUGAACCACGUGCUGAUGUAAAAAAUACAGUGGAGGUUGAAACAAUAGAACCACUAGAAAUAGACACAAAAACCUCUGAACCAACUACUGAUGUUACUAUUACAUCUGACUCACAGUCAGAAACUGAAACGAUCAGUAUUCUUGAAGUACCUAGAUACAGUUAUCAUGAAUUAAAUGAUGCGGAAUCUUUGUAUGGCUCUCUAAAAAUUCUGAAUGGACCAAGUCAUACACAACAUAUUAUGGAAAAUAAUGUUGCUGCCAUUUCUCCAACAUCUCAAGAAAUAAUGAAUAUGCCGACAGUAGACCGUCCGGCAGUACAAGAAGUAAGGCAAGAACUAAUUGACACAAUGGAAUUGACUUCAAUUUCUGAAACAGAAUCGCAUAAGGAGGAUGCUUGUUUACAUGAUAAAGUUUAUGAACCUAUGCGUCAAAGUUACCAGGAACUUACGGAUGCUGAACACACACUGGGAAUUAUCAGUACUCAGUCCACUGAUGAAGUACUUGACAUAACACACACAACUAUCUCUGAAAAUACAACGCCGACGAUGGAACCAACACCUCAGACACAAACCAGCACUGAUGAAGUAGAUGCUGCGAUUAAAGUAGAAUAUGGAAUCGAAAUCGAUGACCUCAGUGAUAUGCCGGUCGUACCUGUGGUAUUUGGAGAUGAUAGUGUAGAGACGCCCACAGAUGAGGGGCCAAUGACCAUAACAUUUACUUCUGAAUCUAAAGAACCUAUUUUAACUUUGGAAGAAUCCAAUAUAGAAAGAGAAUUAAACAAAAAUAUAACAUCGAUCAUAGAAGAUACUCCUGAUAUUUUAAAUGUAGUCUUGGAACCUACUAUUGACCAAUCCUGCGUCACUUCUGUAGACUUUAUCCAACAAGAAAUUUUACAUACUGAGUCUUACGCACCUAUUUCAGCACUGCAAUCUGAAACGUUCGUAUGUCCGACACCCAUCGAUACGCCAUUAGAAAAGGUAGAUCAACUAGUAGGUGUUUCAAAUACGAAUCAAAACAUUACUGAUAAAAAAUUGUCAGAUACAAUACCAGGAACUUGCGUUGUUGAGAGCGAAUGUAGCGUUCGUCAUGAAAAGUCACCUAUCCAUAACUUGCAUGACCUAUUACCUGAAAUCGACUCUAUCCCUGAGUUCAAACCUUCCCUUCCCAAUACUAUUCUGUUCUCCAAUUUAUCUGCUGAUGCUCCUGAGUUUAAACCUUCCUAUAUGUACCAAUCUACACCAGAUAUUCAAUGCACUGAUGAUGAAAUAAGAGUUUCUCUUGACGAAAAUCUGCUUCUCCAGCAAUCUUCCCAAGCACUUAUCAUAAAUGAAACAGAAUACCCAGAAAUCAUAGCAUCAGAUGUGCAAAUACCGGAGAAUGUUACUCCUCCAGGUCAGAUAAGUUAUUCAUCUGCCCUAAAAAUAAAGAAAGAAAAGAUUUUAUCAGAAACUGAAACUGCAACUGAAAAAUCUGCAUAUACUAAGGAUGAUAGACCUAGUACGUCAACAGAAACAGUAAAAGAAACUCAAUCUGAAACUAUAACCUCUGCCAAGCGUAGUAAAAAGAAGAAGAAAAAGCAUGAAGAAAUAACCAAACCGAAACAGGAAAAUAUAGAGCAACCAAAGAUUUCCAAGCCAGAUACAGAUAAAUCUAUAGAUAAUAUUUUGGAACCAGUUAAUGUCUGGGCUAAAGCUGCAGAGGAAGGAAAAUCCUAUGCAGAAGUAGUAUCUGAAGGAUUAAUUAUCGAACAGCAGACAGCAAGAGCGAUGUCUCAGCCUCCUCAACCCCAGCAGGUGGUGAAAUCUUGUGAUGAUAAAUCAGAGUCACCUAAACACAAAUCUCCCAAGAGGGAGACUCAUAGUCCAUGUGUUGAGCCAAUCAUGAUGGAAACAAAACUUGAAGCAGAUAUCGAUGUUAGUAGUACUACUACUUCUACCUUUUCAUGGGCAAAGCUUGUUGCCUCAAAUCGUCAAUCUCCAGAAAAGACACAAACACCAGAAGUUCUGCCAAUGGUUGAACACACAGUAGUGCAACAUAAAGCUCCAGUAAUUUUAGUAGAAGAAUCUGAUAUAGAACAGAUGAAACCGGAAGUGGAUGUGGAUGCUGAAGGAUUUAUAACCGUUGAAAGGUCUAGGAGAUCCAGAUCUCGUUCAAAAGAUUUUCAGAGUAAAUCUCGUUCGUCCUCUUAUGUGUCUCAAGUUUGUGACAUUCGAGAUCAAUCCGGAAAUCGUUUUGGAUCUUUAACAACAUCCUUGUUACCUAAACAGCAAGAAACUGUUCAGUUGUCUGCAACAGUUGAUGAACAACAGAGUUCAAGAAAGAGCAGAAAGAGUAGAUCUUCCAAAUCUAAAGAGAAAAUAAUGACAACACAAAAAACUGAACCUGAUGCAAGAAGCGUUUCCGAAGAUAAACAAUCAUCUAAGAAGGGUAAAAAACAUAAGGAAAAGAAAGAUAAACCGAAGCCCAAAGAAGAAAAACCGACUGUUGAAGCAGAACCAGCUCACGUAAUAGAAUCUGUUCAACCUCCUGUAUUGGCAGAGGAAAUUAUCAAACCAGAGGUGGCUAUUCCAAUAAAAGAAAAAUCGGAUAGUAAAAAGAAACACAAAAAGAAAAAAGACAAAAAAGAAGAAGGCAACACUUCCGCGGUAGAUGAGCCGGGCUUGUCUACCGAAAUAAUAAAAACCACAACAACUUCUAAAGAUACAAAGCAAACGCUUUCAGAGCCAAAAACGCCAUCGACUCCAGAUUCGCUUCACACACCAAUAAAAGACAGACUCUAUUCUGACGCUCAGUUCUGGAAAAUGGAUGCAAGUGCAUUGGAAGAUAUUACUAAUUUGUCAGAAAUAAUUUCUGUCGAAAUUGAAAUGCCGCCAGCACAACAAACUGUGGAAGAACAAACACCGGUUGAGUCUGCAACAUCGAAAGAUGCAUCUUCACUACUUAUUCAUGAAGAGGCUAUAAACAUAGAAGUAGACAGAGAGAAACAACAAGCAAUCGCAGAGAAAGCUAAUGAAGAUCAGUCUCUAGAAAGCAAAAUGGCCGAUUUACAACGAGAAAUUGAAGAAAUGCUAUCACCUGAAAACGAUCUUUCUCAAUCUAGUGAUGAUGCUCCUAUUGAGUUUAUUGGUGAUCUCUCGGAAAGCUCUGCUGACUCGCAACAUGAUCUUGAUGAAAUAUCGCCAUCGAUGGCUUCUCCUGAACCUGAUUUGAAUGAUCAAUUAGAACCAAGAGAAGAAGUAGUGCCAGAACCAACUAAAUUGGAGGCUGGGGAAGAUGAACACAUAAGCGUUGUAACUAUUGAUGCUGUACUCGAUGCUAGUGAACCUGAAAUUAAUUUGGAACAAGUAAUUAAAGAAACAACGCAACGUAAAGAAAAACUUUUAGAAACGAAACCGGUUUCAGAGCCAUCUAAAUUCGAUGCUGUGCUUGACGCGAUUGAACCAGAAGUUAAUUUAGAACAAGUUAUUAAAGAAACUACACUAAUUAAAGAAGAACUCAUACAAUCGAAACAUAUUACAACACCAGCCUCAGAACUAACAAAAGAUUCAAAUAUAGUUGAUGAUGAAACUGAUGAUAAGAUACCUAGCGAAUCCCAAGAUCUUCCAGAUAACAUGUCUACUAACAUUUCCACGGCUAUUACUAACAGUUUAUCUAAUCUCAAAGCGGAUAGUUUCUGGACGGACAAAGCUAUAUACGAUGACGCCGAACGCUUACAUCUCGAGCACGUCUCGCAGUUAGUAGAGCCAGUAGAAACAGCCGUAGGAACAGUAGACGCAAGUACGGAACCUCAGCCUGAGCCUAUCCAAAUUUGUAGCAUUGAGGAAAAUUUACAAAACGACAACUCAUUCUGGCCUGAAAAAUUCUUGUACCACGACGCGGAGUGUCAUUACUUCUUGCAAUUGGCUAACGAACCGAAGCCGGCUGAGGUCGCGGCCGUAGACGUAGAGAUUAAAGACGAGGAUGAGAACGAUAAGGACAAGGGUUCAGGAGGCGGGUCCGGGCCGCCCUCCGACGUGGAGGAGUCGUCCCGAGACGCCCGUGACUCGCCCCUCGACUCCGACUACAUCUCGAUGGACCUGCCCGGCGGCAUCUGCAGCUGGCGCGACCAGAGCUCGUACCUGAGCCUCGAGGCGCCCUCAGACUCGCUGCUCGCAGAGGAUAUACUAACCACCUCUCCCCCCGCCCCCGAGACCCUCACCCCGCAGGAGCCGCCGUCGGACCAGCCCCGAACUACAACCAAGGAUGACUUGUCUAACGAUCUAGAAGGUCUGCUGGAAGACAUUCGCACGGUGCAAGCCCGCCUUUCUGACCUGCCCGAUGAGAGCUUGGACACUAUGGAGCAGGGGCUUCGGGACGGCAUAUCAGUCCUCGAGGCGUGUGCCACCGCGGCGGCGGAGCUGGACUCGCGGCUGAUGCAGCAUCAGGAGGAGCCCGAGGCGCAGGCGCUGGCCCGGGACCUGGCCGCCGUGAGGACCAGGGUCGCCAGGCUGCUGCAGCAGGCCAGGGACGGGGUCAGGAGCAUACAGGAUGCCAAACAACAUAUGGCACAGCAACAAAAAGAAAUUGAGGAACAAAAGGAGAAACUCAACAAGCUUGAUGAAUGGCUUGAAUCAAUAGACAAGGAGCUGAAACUUACAACAACGCAAACUGAUGUCCUCACCGAAGAGGAUAUUAUUAAAUAUAUAGAAAUCUAUGAAAGAUAUAUAAGAGAAUAUGAAGAGUACGAAAUUAUUCUCCAAUCUAUAACUGUGAUAAGUGAAGAUAAGUCUAGUCAGUCUUUAAAAGAGAAGUUAGGUAAGAUGCAGAAAUCAUUGAUUGAAACAAGGAAUCUAGUCAUUGUAGAAAUAGAAAGGUUAAGACAGGUCCUGCUUCAGAUUAAGUUUGUACCUGAAGCUGUCGAAGAAGAUGUGCAGACAGACAGGACGAUUGAUUCCACUUCUAUGCCAGAGGAAGUUGUGACCCCAAGGCAAGAAGUAGUGGUAGAGAAGGUCGUAGAAAAGGAAACAUCAGUAAAAGAGAUCAGCCCACAAGAAACAAAGGUUGAGAAAGAACCAUCAGAAAAAGAAGCUAAGGCUGAAAAGAUUGUUGUAAUCGAAAAAGAGGUCAAACCAUCAGCGACCAUUGAAACUCAGACUGGAAAGAGUUUGAUAUCGGAAAUUUCAGUUGCUGAUAAAUCUGUUAUCUGUCAACCAGAAGUAAUAUCAACACAUGAUGUCUCUAUAACAUGUGCUCCACCUAAAGAAGUUGAAGUACAAACUGGAGAACCAGAAAAUAUUGACAGAGAUAUCCUUGAAAAUAUCCAAAUAAAGCAAACAAUUUCAGAGGGACAUGAAACUAUUGAAAUUGCGAGCCGACCCGUAAUGAGAGAACAUAGAACUGACGAACAAUCGUUGUUGGUCGAUGCUGAUUACAGAGAUGACAAUAUACGCAAAGACACACAACUGAACAUCACACAUAGUUUACCACAAUCUUUCGAAACAGUUAUGGUGGAGCCAGACGAGACUACCACUGAAGUAGUGGUGGACGCAGACGGCACGAAACGAAUUAUUGUGAGGAAAGUACGCAGAACUUUAGUCACAAGAGGACAAACAUUGCAAACACAAACUCAUACCCGACAAAUCUUGUCAUCCGAUGGAGGUUCUCAAGACCACUUCUCCCAAAUUGUUCUACAGGGUGAUCAAAGUGCAACAGCGAAUGUUUUAGACAAUGGCGGAAUAGAACACACGCAAUACCAAACCUAUGGAGGUCAGGUCAUCUCACAUUUACCUGGCGGAGAAGUUACAAUCCAAGAAUUCACGUCUAGACCAGAUAUGGUUGUCACGAUGGAGGACUCAAUGAAACCAGAGGAUAUAUUGCAAUUAGCCAGAGGUGAAAUGCCUCAGAUUCAGACCUCAUCAUCCAGUGUCACGGCAGUAGUUCAACAAGUUACUAAACGAAUAAUCCGGACAAGAAGGAGAAUUAUUAGAAAAGUUGUAAUAAUAGAUGGCAAAGAACAUGUAACAGAAGAAGUGGUGGAGGAGCCUGAUGAUGUCGAAGUUUAUGAAGAACAAAUCCCGCGAGUUUCUAUUAAUGUGAGAGACAAUGGAGGUGUUCAGUUUGAAGAAAUCGAAGAUCCUCGCGAUAAAGAUCCUCAACCGGCUUUGCCUGGUCCUGAUGAUAAAGAACAUUCUCCGUCGAAAGAUAAGAAAUCAGAAGGUAAAGAUUCUCCAAGAGAUAAGGGUAAUGAAAAAUCGGAAUCACCUAAAGAUGAUUAUCAGCAGGAGUCGCCAAAGGACAAAGAACCAACAUCAAAAGGCUCAUCCAGGGACAAAACUCCACCUAAAGACGAUUCGUCAAGAAAGGGUAGCCCUAAGGAUACCAAACCUUCGGAACCAAGUCAUGAACAUUCAUUGGGAGAUAAAGAAUCAUAUGUAACAGAAUCUCGUAAAAAUAAAACUCCACCUAAAGAACAAACAGAAGAAAUGGGCGCACCUAAAGAACCCGAAAGACCACCAAGAUCUCGUAAGGGAACUCCAGAAGUGAAAGAUACUGAGCCUACUGUGAUCAGUGAAUUUGUACAAAAGUCUACUCCAAAACCAGAUAUUUCAAAACUAACUACAGAAUUCAUGGAAAGGGAAAGCCAAUCAUAUAUAAUUGGAACGGAAAAACAAGAAUCUCAGGGGAGUCAAAUUCCUUAUAUUACACCAGAAGCACAUCAAAUAACUACAGAGUAUCAAACUUUACCGUCACAAACGCAAAUGAUCGAAGAACCAUAUCUCGUAAGUGAAGGAGUAUUACAUUCUACUUUGGAAACUUCAACCUCAAACAUGUCUACAACCGUACAAAAAGUUACAAGAAAAAUAACUAAAGUCAGAAGAAGGAUAGUUAAAACUAUAACAGUGGUAGAUGGCAAAGAACACAUCACAGAAGAAGUUAUAGAAGAACCCGAUGAUGUGCAAAUAGUUGAAGAAGAACCUACGAUCACUCACACGAUUCAAGAACAUGGAGGGACUACGAAAAGAAUUAAGGUAAUUAAACGAAUCCAAGUCAUUGAUGGAAAACAACAGUAUGUGACUGAAGAAGUAGAAGAUGACGAAGACGACAGGAUUCCAGAAUCUACUAUAACAACCCAGAUGACAUUAAAAUUAGAUGAAAUACCUUCACGAGUUGAGUUUACCGAUGUAACAGAUGAUCCCAUUGAAGCUGGACAUGAAACACAUGUUAUCAAGGAUAUACCAAAAGAACCUGAGGCUUCAGUGAUAAUUCCUCACAAGAUUGAUGAUACUGUAACUGAAAAGUUCAUAGAAACUGACAUAAAAUCUGUUGAACCAAUAAAAAGUGAAUUCAAUAUUUCUUCAGAAACUUACGAACCUGUCAAGCCAACAGAUAGUGAAACAGUGACAGAAUCUAGCGUAUCUGAAGAUUUUGACAAACAUGAUAAAACUAGCAAAAAGAAAAAGAAGAAGGGUAAGAAAACUCCAGUAGAGGAAACUAAAUCAGAAACAGAAAUAUCAAAACCAGAAGUGCCCAUUGACUUGACAGCGCCCUCUACAGACGUUGAUGUUGAAACGACAAAGACAGAUACUACCAAUAUUUUGGAUUUAACUAAAGAAUUAAUUGAAAAAGAAAGCUUGCACAGUGACGUACAUGCCCCAGCAAGAAAGAAGAAACCAAAACGCAAAAAUAAAGGCUCCGUUUCUGAAGAUAUUUCUGAAAGACAAGACAGUACUGAAAAAGUUGAAGAUGUUACUGAAGCAGCUACUACCGAAGUAAUACAAGAAACAAAAGUUAAAACAACUCCUAUACCAGUUGAACCUGAAAUAACUGAAACUGCUCAGGUAACUGAAACAACUAAAAAUAUCACUUUAGAUUCAACAAAGAUUGAUAAAGACAUAGCAAUCUCGGAUCCAAAAUCAGAAACAGUACCCGAAAAGAGUAAACGCAAGAAAAAGAAGGGUAAGAAGACCCCAAGCCAAGAUGACCCGGAACCGUUAAAAGAAACUGAAAAACCAGCUGUUAUUGAAGCUAAAGUAGUUUCUGAGCCUGAAAACCUAGAUUCAGUUAAACCAUUGACAACAGAAAAUACUGAAGUAGCUACAGCAGUAGAAAUCACUCAAGUAGAACCAAUAAAGGAGAAAGAAACUCUAUUGACCGAAAAUCUCACUGAACAAGAGCUGCUAGAAACAAAACCAUCAAAUUUGACGAAUAUUGCUGAUUUAACUAGGGAUUUCUUACUUGAGGAAGGAAAAAUCGUACAGGACAUAAAACCUGAUGUAACAGAAAUACCUAAGAGAACUGAAGUUUCUGAAGACACAGAAAAUAUGCUACCAAAAGAAACACAAACGUCUCCAGAUCAGAAAGAAAUCCAUACAAUCAUUAAAACGAAUAUUUCUAGGAUUGUUACUGAAUAUCCACCUGCCCAGUCUACUGUUGAAGUAAAACCAGUACAAGCGGACAAUAUUGUUAGUCAGGAAGAGAACACUAAAAAACCUGAAACCCCAAUUCAUAGCACUGUUACUGAUGAACUUCUAAAAACAACAAAACAGAUCGAUAUUUCUGAAAAAAUUGUGGAGGCGAUCACUGAAAAACCAUUUUCACCUGUAAAGGAAAAGUCUGUGUCACCUGCUGAAAUCCAGGAAAAAGAAACAGUCGAAACAACUGAAAAACAACCUAAACAAGCAAUACCGUACAUGGCUACGGAAGAAAUUCCAACAAAUGUAUCUAUUCAAACAUCUCCUGAAAAGUAUGACGUCAAUCUUCUGUUACAUUCCGAACGCCAACACACGGAUGAUCAUUUAGAUCUGAAGAACGAACAAUCUGUAGAUAUUACUAUGAAAAUCACAAAAACUGAAAAUGUCAUGCAAACUGAUGUGAAACCUUCAGUGCAAUUGAAUUUGAAGGUUGAAGGCGUAGAAACGAGCGAACCUCAUAUUGUCAAAAAAGACAUCGAUUUCAGCCUUCCUACCCAAGUCAAAGUCACUAAGGAAAAACCAAAGGCUGAGCCUGAGAUCGAAAUAGCACCAGAAAAAGAAAUAACACCAGAUGAAUCAAUAAAACCAGAACAUAAACGAAGUAAAAAGAAAAAGAAGCGUAAAGGAGAUUCAACAAGUGAUGCGGUUGAUUCUGAAACUUUGACUGAAACUGAUAAGAGCAUUGGAGAAACUGAUAGCUCUUCGCUCAGCCAUUAUGUAGAAUUACCAACAUCUCCUGUAGUCGAGUCUCCUAAACCAACUGAAGCUCCAUUACCAGAACCCGUAGAGCCAGAUUCCCUGGUGGAAUCAGAAGCAACAGCUGAAGAACUGGGCUAUGAGGCUGAGCUAUCAGUAGGACCAGCAGCUACACCAGAUAAAUCAAAGAAAAAGAGGAAGCGCAAACCACAAGAAGUUAGUGAGACCACGGUAUAUCCAGAAAUGACAACAGCAGAAUCUGACGGUAUGUCCGUGAGUACACCUGUGGAAAUUGAGACUGAAAAGGAAAAGACCAAGGGAAGGAAAAAGAAGGGAAAGAAAAAGACGCCAGCUGAAGAAGCAGAACCCGAGAUUGAACCAGAAGUCGAAGAAAUCAAACCAGAAAGUCCAAAAAUGGGCAGUGAAAUAAUUCAGGACUCACCAAGGGCGGAUUCAUAUCGCACUAUGAGUGAAGUUUCAGAUAUAAGUACAGUAAAAAUAGUUGAGGAAUGCGUCCAGAGCAGUCCUGAAACUGAGAGAGAAGUGAUGACCACAGUGACCUACACGGUCCCAGUAGUAGAAGAAACACCUACGCAGGAAUAUUCAGUUCAAACCUCACCGGAACCUGAGAAACCAACUGUGGAAAAGUUAGAAAUUGUCAAACCUGACACGGCAGAAUUUGAACUACAGACGUCUCCAACUCCUGUCAGUGAAAUUUUAAUACAAACUACCCCAGUUGAAGACAAAGAAGUUGAAACCCAAACUAUUGAGGAAGUUACAACUGUAGUAGAAAAGGUUCCCACAUUAGAUAUGGAAAUGCAGACUAGUAGAACUCCAACUCCGCCAAAAAUAGAUGUUUUAGAAGCAACCACUCAAGUAAUAGCACAUGAAAUAAGCGCCGCGGAAGAAAAGUUCUCUCAAACUUCAUCGCCUGAAGAAGUUCCUGUUAAAGAAGAACAGGCGAAACCUGAAGUUAUCACUGAAUCCCGAGAAAUGCAAACUUCACCGUUGCCUAAGGUCCAACAAGGUGAGAAAUCGACAGAAAUCGUCAUACAAACAAUGGAAUCGGACAUCCAAACAGUCAAGCAAGAAAUCUUAGACCAAGAAACUAGUACAUCUCCCGUCAUAGAGAAAGAGUAUACUGAAAUGAGUAUUCAGACUCCAGAAGUACCUUUAGUCAGCUCUUACACCCAAUCUGAAGUAGAGGAACAGCCGAAAGUGGAUGUUAAACCGGUUGCUGAAGAAAAACCGGUAAUUGCUGAAGUGGUCGUUCCGGAAUUACCAAGACCAAAAGAACUGGAAAUUGUAAGACGUGAAGUUAUAACGGUCGAUAGCACGCAGCAAACUUCACCAAGAUACCAACCUUCAGAAGACUCUGUAUCUACUUCAACUGACGAACCUUAUGAAGUACAUUUGCGAGCACAAAUAACUAUCCCUGAAGCGACCAAUGACUUCCUCGAUAGUGAAAGACAAGGCAAUGAACAACAUUCAAUAUUGGGAGACAGACAAAGACCGAAAAAGAGAAAACAUAAGAAACGAUCAGAUACACAAGCUUUGUCACCAGAGAGCCUGUCUGAUCCUAUUACUACUGAACUAUCUAUGUCAACGACUCCGACUCCUACUAGCGAAGAUUUAUCUAGCAAAGAUGUGUCUUCUAUCGAUGAAGGUAUUUCUGGCCAAACACGACAGGACCGAUCACAACAUAGACUCACUUAUUCUGACGUUGUUCAACGGUCGAAGUCUAAGUCACCAUCCCCUUCAAAGUCAUUUAUUCCCAGGAAAUCUGAAAAGGCUAGACUGCUUGAUUCACUGGAAAAGAGAACCCUAUCAGUCGCUGAACCACAGAAAGUAUCUGAAGAUGCUUUGGCAGUUGCUUUGAUUGAACCCUCUGUAGAAAAAUCUUACAACCUUCUAAUAAACAAUGAGAUGGAUGAACUUAAGCAUGCGGCUGAAAAUAAUGAUGUCACGACAGUUGAGAGAAGUGUGAUUGUCAUUAUAGAAACUAUUUCAGUAUGGUUGGAAGAAAUUCAAUAUAAAAUACAGAGAGAAACCACCCAAGGUUCAACUUCCGCGCAAGAAACUGAACGUAUAAAUGCCAUCAAAGAAUAUAUUUUAACUUUGCAAGAAAUAAUUGAAAUUACUGAAGUUAAUGAAGAGAUUAUCACCUUGAUAGAGACUUUGAAUAGACAAGUGACUGCUGUUAAUACGUUGAGCAGCCAAAGCUCAAACAAAGUAAAAGACGUUGAAAAUGAAUGGAGCAAAUUCCUUAGCGACGCAAAUAAACUAAAACAAUCUGUAGACCAAGUUAAAACAACACUAGAUACCAUAAUUAUGUCUGACUUAACAACCUCAGAGAAACUUGAUAAACUUGAUAAAAUAGAUUCAAAGAACGCAGACAAUUCAGAUAAUGUCUCAAAAAUGUUCCGCAGAUAUAAGCAUCUGGUAGAAGUUAACCCUAAGAGAGAAUGUCCCGAAGUUCUGUUUACAACGGACGACGACACUAAACACAUAGAGAACAGUAUUAACACUGAAAGAGAUAGAUUACUGCAGCUAUCAGCGUUGGCAGAAGAGUACGAGCAAACUCUACAGGACUUCGGACAGAUCACUGAUGUGGCCGAGGCUUUGUUGGACGGAAAAAUCAUUGUAUCCAACCUCGACCAUCUUCACGAAGAAAUACAGAAACACCGAAAGUUCUUCAUUAAUUUAAGUCACUGCAGAGCUAUUCUUGAAUCUCUGGAAGAUAACUUGGACAGUGAAACCAGGGCUAAAUUCUCUGCGCUUCAUACAUCCUUGCAUGACAGGGCCACGACCAUUAUUGACCGAGCAGCGAGCCGCUCACAGCAAAUGACUUUAGCUGCCUCGAGGUGGACCACUCUAGACCAAGGAAUGAAGGAGGAAGAACAGUGGUUGAGAGUAGCCCAUCAAAGGAUACCAGAUCUCACCAAUGUCACAUCCAUAGACCACGAACAAUACAUCAAUUUAUACCAGUCUAUCAGCCUUGACGUAUCUCACCACCACGCCAAAAUAAUAAGGCUAAUGUCGAUCACUGAUGGGCUACAAAAUCUCAUAGUAUGUAAUGGGCUAGGCACAGAUUGCUCCAUAGCUCUGGACACGUUGCUAAAACUGCAAGAAGACAUCGACUCCAGGCUGGCUAGACUCACAGCUUUCAAAGAAAACUGGGUCACUUACGACCUUCUUAUAGACAGAAUAGAAAUCUGGAUUAAGACAGCUAACAGAGAACUGCAAACUAUCACACCGGAGAACAUCACAACUACAGGAAACCUCCGUAGAUUCUGGGAGCUGAAGGCGCAGCACGAGGUGCACAAUAAUUUGAAGAACGACUCUGGAGUCCAAUUCGAGAAAGCGCUCGAGAUACUGCCCAUUUCAGACGAGAUGGUGCAAAGGCAAUUCUUCUCCAAAAUAGAAGACCAAUGGCGCGAACUGUCCUCCAAAAUCGGGGACCUGCAUGACUCCGCCAUCCAGAACAUAUCGGACCGCGACGUUUCAUCCGGAGAGAAACUCAACAUUCUGGAAGAAGAGAUCCUGGAACUGCGAACAGUUCUGGACAGUCUGAAGGGGGUGAUCAAGAGCGAAGACGAGCUCAACCUUUACAUCGAGCGUCUGCAAGUCAUCACGGCCCGAAUGGACCGCAUACAGAACGAGCUAGGCCGCUUGAGUCUCCUUCCCACUGCUGAGUCCGAUCGAUUAGGUACUUUACUGACCCAAUCCCGGAUGCUAGACGACCAGAUAGCGGAAGAGUUGGAGCGAAGCAUGCUGCUUAAAGAAAAAAUAGUGCAGGUGCAAGCAGGAAUAACCAGAUGCCAGAAGAACCAGCGUAGAGCUAGACUGACGCUAGAAGAGUGUGAGUCAGCAGAAAGACUCGGCAGUGACGUAGUAGAACGAGCUGCUGAGAACUGUGGCAAGUUGUUAAUAGACUUGGAGGGGCAGUGGAGGGAUAUUCUGAACCUGCGCCAGUGGCUGCACACUCUGCCCACUAGUCUGAGGGUCUGUGUGUCGCCGACUGGGCUGGAGAGAGAUAUCUCCGCAUUGCAGGAAACCCACUCGACUCUCGAAUCAGAGUGCCACGCAUUACACUCGCGCCUCCGCUCCAGAGUCCAGCUCUGGCGGCGCUUCGAGAGACAACUGGAGCUGGUGCAUGGCGCCGUCCGGGAGGCUGAUUACAUGAUCGAGCUGCUGACUGUGCAGGGACAGGUUGAUUAUGAUCGGCUGUUGAAGGCUACUGAGCAACUUGAGAACCUGUCGGAGUCCCUCUCCCGUCGCUCCGGCGAGCUGAUAGGCGACCUGCGCACGGCCGCCGCGCCGCUCGCCGCCGCCGCCGACCCCGCUGUUGCCGCUGAGCUGGCGAGGGAAUUAGAGCAGGCUACGGCCAAGUAUGAUGAUACCAGGAGCCAGUUGACGCAGCUGUGUGAUAAAUACAACCGCGCCGUGGACCUGUGGAAGCGGUACCGCUCGGCCGCCAGCGCCGUGAGGGCCUUCGCGGAGUUCCAGGAGGGGCGGCUGCACGCGCUGCGGCCUGCUGAUGCACCCGCCACUGCACAGGCCUGUUCCGAGCAAGAGGCCCGCGUCACCGAGCUGCGCUCCCUAGCCGCUCGCGUGGCCGCCGAGACGGGGUCCCGGGCUCUCCAAGCCGACGCGGACGCACUGGCCCGGCGCCUGCAACUGGUGUCCGGGGCAGUGCAGGCGCUGGCUGAUCUGGGCGAGGCGCGACAGCUGGCCCGGGGCAAAGCGGAGCUGGCGAGGGAACAGCUGUGCGGGAUGAGACAGGACUUGGCACCAGUGGACGAAGAUGGCGAAAUAGUGGAAAACAAACUAAUAGCUUUACGACAGAACCUCAUAGCUCUUGGCAAGAGUGAGGGUGAUAUUGCACCGGCCAGGGCAGAGCUUCCUGACAUCGACCGGGAUGUCUCUGAUGAACACUCCAUCGUGAGGAUCCUGGAGCUGUGGCAGGCCAUGUUCAGGGACACCUUCCUACACUACCACAGACUGUCCACAGCGCUGAUAAGAUCUGGAGACGCUGCGACAGCCCUAAGACUAUGGCACGAAUAUCUCAUAGACCUCCAGUCUUUCCUAUCAAGCUCGGUUCCGGCUGACUACGAAAACCUCACAGAACACAGACGGCUAUGCAGGGUCCACAGGAACCUGUUGGCGUCUCAACGAUCAGUGCUCAUGCUGGAGAGUGAGAAUAGGGAGACCAGGAAUAGAGAUCUCGUGAAUAAGUUUGAUACGCUGACGAAUCUACACAAUGAGACGUUGGCGAAGAUUGUGGAGCGACAUGACGAGGUGUGCUCGCGGAUAGCGGCCUGGGAUGACUACAGGGAGAUCUACACAGAACUACUGCGGUGGCUGAAGGACAUAGAGAGAGAGAAGGAGAAGAUGCAGCUCCGAUACAUCCACAUCAAGAGAAUACACAAAAUCCUCGACAAAAUACAGAAUCUCGCGGAGAAAGUGCCCGAAGGCCGCAAGCAGACCGAAAAACUGUUUGAAUACCUUAAGAAAGUUCUCGAAUUUACAGAGGAGGCCUACGGAACAUCAGUAAGGAUGGAAUACGCUGGCAUCGUCAAGCGUGUAGACAACCUGCAAGCCAGUCUCGAGACCUGGCGAGACUUCCUCACAAGAAUCCUCGGACUAAUAGAAGAAUACGAGACAACAACCAGCGAACUUCACAAACUGUUCUCGAAGACACAAGACGAGGUCCUCUCCUACUCCGACGAAGAUCGCCUGUCGCGGCCCGAGCUGAAGAAGGCCGUCAAUAAAUACACCGAGCUGAGGUCGAGAGUUGACCGCACGGAGAACAAGAUCGAGGCUCUGAGUGUAGUACAAGAGCAGCUGAAGGAGUGCCUCAGCCCGCAGGAUGCCCGCGGCGUGGCCCAGCGAGUCUGGCAACUGCGCCAGUCCAGGGCCGACCUCGAGCACCAGCUCACCAUCAUCAUACACCGACUUCAGGAGAGACUAGAGAUAUACACCAUCUUCGACUCGAGAUUAACCAGAUUCUCUGAAUGGCUGACGACGGUAGAAUCAAGGCUGGAAAGCUCGAGCCAAUCCAGCGAAAUCGGAGCCAUGGACCCUCAAGAUCUGAUCAGAAGAAUAAACUCCGAAGUGCAGUCGGAAACUGCAUUGAAAGAACGCGAGUUCGAGUGGCUCACUGAAACUGGUGGCGUUCUAGUCGAGCUGUCGAAGAAGGACGAGAAGUCUUACAGCAAAAACACCAACAAACACAUCAAAGAUGUCCAAGUGCGCUGGUACCGACUGCAGGAGAACGGCCGCGCCAGGAUAGCCAAGAUCAACGAGUUGCUCGAAACUAUCCUACAACUGGAGGAGAGGCUCACGGAAAUAAGACUCAAACUCCAUGAAGUUGAAUCCAGACUAACUUCGCCCAUCGUCUUAGAACAACUGACGACCAGAGCCGUCGACGAGAAAUUCCAAGAACGCGAUGACAUACAGAAGACUAUUGAGAACGAGAGCGGAGAAGUCGGCGAAACGCUCAACCUCUGCGAGUUGGUGUUCAACGACCCCGACGUAGGCCGAGGCAACUUCGACCUGCGCAACCUGCGCACCGGCGUCGACAUCGUCGAGAAGAAAUGGAAGAACAUCUGCGACUUGUCAGAACAACGUAACACCACACUCAAACAAAUCCGAAAAUCCGCCGAACUCACGCACUCCUUACUACCUAAAGUGGAAAAGAAAUUGGACUCUGUGGAGAAACGCGUGGAGAAAAUCGAGACGCGGAAACAGCGCGGCGAAUCUGACGACGAGACGUUAAACAAAGCUGUCCAAAAAGACUUAGACAACAUGGAAGGCGACGUCAGUAAAUUAGAAGAAGCGUAUAGUCGGAUAGCGUCAGCCCGUAGCUUAGAGCUGCGUGGUUCAGCGGCGGACGUCACGGCGUGCGUGCGGGCGUCCGUGCGGCGCUGGCAGCGGCUGCGCGGGCGCGCGGGGGCGGCGGGCGCGGACGUCCACAGACAGUUUGUUGCAGCUCAUGGGCGGGCGGUCGUGGCGCUGGCGGAGGCGGAUGUCAGACUGACUAGAGCGUUGCAUCUCGCGCCCGCGCCGCUUGAUAAGGCGGCUACGUUGAUGGAGCUGGAGGGCGUGGAGCAAGACGUCCGCGAAUGUUCAGCGCUAGUCUCUGAAGCCGACCGCCUCGCCGCCGCCUGCCUCGAGGCGAGUGGCCAGGCCAGUGGGCAGGCCAGUGGACAGGCCAGUGGACGGGCGAGUGGCGUGGCGGAUAUGGCGGCAGAGUACCGCGCGCUGUUAGCAGAUGUGCUGGCCAGACUGGCCGCUGCUAGGGCUGAAGUAGUUACUGAUGUGGAUAGCGCUGUGCAGGUGGACACCCUGCGCUGGCAGACGGACGCGUCCUUACAAGUGGACACGCUCACCUCCAAGGAAACCUACAGAAUAGAACUCAACGAGGCCGUCAAAGAGGCUUCCGACUCCCUAGAGGCCUUACGAAACGCUCUCAUCCAACAACCUAAAGACAACGCAACAGGAGAUGAACUGGCUGUAGCAGCCAAAGAAAUCGCCAAGGCUGGGGCCAAGCCCGCCCAACCUUUAGAGUUGGCCAAACAUUUGUCAGAAUUGCUGCUCACAGAAUGCGAUGCGACGGAAGAUGAAGCUAUGAUGAAGGAAGUGGAAAGCUUGGUGCUGAGGUACGAAGAUCUGCUAGCACAAGCGAAGAAACGGGAACUACAGAUUAACAACUUACGGUUGCCACACUCUGCCUCCUACGCGCUAACGUGCGACCAUGAGGCAGGCCGCAUCACGUGCCCGCUCUGCUCGGAGCGCAACUGGCGUCAACUGGACAACGACCUCUGGCGGCUGGAGCAGUGGCUGCAGUUCGCGGAGGCCACUGAAGCCGCCCGGAGUGAGCCCCCCGCUAGCUAUGAUGCGCUGGAGGACGCUAUACAGGACCACCGCGAGUUCCUCCUCGACCUGGACUCCCACAAAUCCCUCGUCGUCUCCCUCAACGUAGUCGGAACCCACGUUGCAACGCACGCGGCCUGCACCCGGGCCGGGGACGAGCUGCGCGCGCGCCUGGCGCGGGACAACCGGCGCUGGGACGCGGCCUGCGCCCGGGCCGCUGACUGGCACGGGAAGCUGCAGGCUGCGUUGGUGCAUAAUCAGCAGUUUCAUGAUAUUGUCGUCGAACUAGUAACCCGCCUAGCCGCCGCCGAACGCAACGUUCGCGCGCGCGAGCCGCUCCGCUUAACCCGCGCGCCUACAGAGCUGUCGCGUGACUUCGCGCGCUUCUCCGCGUUACGCGACGAGCUGGCGGCGAGCGAGCCGCGCGUGCUGGCGCUACACGACGCGGCGCAGCUGUUGCGCGGCGGUGAGGUGCCGGGGAAUGCCGAGGAGAUUUGUAAACGUCUGGGCGAGCUCCGCCUGCGCCUGCAGUCGCUGCGCAAGCUGACGGCGGUGUACGCGCUGCGCCUCGGAGCCGCCUUGUCCCGCGCCGCGCCGCCCGCCUCGCUGGCGGCCGCGCUGGCUACUGCUGCGCCGCAGCUUCUGGAGGAGGAAGAAGACCAGAUGUCCACCAUGAACCUGCCGCCACUCUCCGAAGAAGAUGCGGCCGUCACUGAAGAAGAGACCGACCGCGACAUCUCGCGACUACAGCGGGGGCUGCGCUUCGUGUGCCGCGUGGCGCGCGCCUCGCUCCCCUUCCAGGCCAUGUUACUGCUGCUGCUGGGCGCCGCCGCCUGGGCCCCUAAUGCACACUCCGACUGCCGCACCCCAGGGCUCGCCUUCGAGCCCGUGCUGAGAUACCCUGAUGGACCACCCCCACUCUGAUUGCGAAAGAAAAACGAAUAAUUUUGACGAUAGAUCUGAUAAGCUAGUGGUUUUGAGGCCUUAAUCUUCUCUCUCCUAGAUUAAGGCGCGUGCAGAUACUGAUGGUUACAGCGAUUGUUUAGGUUAUAUUGUAAAUGAAUGACGGAUCAAUGCACAAAGGCUGGUUCGCUGUAAGCGUCAGUGUGUGCAAAAGCCACGGUUUAGAAGUCAGUCAAAUUGUAAAGCGGGCUCGUCGCCGCGACGGCGGCGAGUCACUCACAUUCCAUUUGAACGGUGCUACGCCAAGUUUAGACGGAACGCGACCGCCGCAUGUAAAUAUAAAAUGUGUACUCGAAUUUUUGUAUAUUUGUUACGUUGGUUAUUUAUAUAAAGACAGCUUAGCCGCGGCGGCGCCGGCGAUCUAGCGCCAAAUAUUAAUAUAAAAUAAUAAAGAAUGUCUAUUUAUUUACAUUUGUGGAAGGCGCGAGCACAAAUAGCUUUCGAACGUACACGCAUUGUUACUUAUUACUGUAUAGAUGUAAGGACUGUACAAUAAAAGUCAAAAUAAAGCCUUUGCAUUGAUAAAAAA